AUGGAUUACCCGCCUCUCUAUGCGAUGCUGUCUUGCUUGGUGCCGCUCAGCUGCUGGCUCGCCGCGGGCAGGGGAGCGAGAGCCCAAGGUAGGAAGGAGCGCGCGGCGCGGGGAAAGGAGAGAGGCGGGGGGGGGGAGGGAAGCGGGUCAACCUGCCCGCCCCGCCUCGCGCGCCUUUGCAUCUCUCUGGGCGCCUUGCUCGCGCCCCGCUGCCUGCGGGCUUCCUGGGUGGGCAAGAAGCAGGAGGCAGGGUCCGGGAGGCGCGCUCUCGGUCCACGAUCCAGCAGCGCUGCCCGCUCCCGGAGAGCAGGGCUCGCUGAAUUCAGGGCUUUCUGACUGGCAAAACGUGGAAGGAUUCCGCGCCCCCCCUCCCCCGCCCGGUCUCUGUAUCCUCACCGGCAAGCAAGUUCCGCUGGGCGCCGGUGGUUCUUGCUGCCGCGUGAAACGGCGACCAGGAAUGAAUGCAAAUGCGUCUUCUCGCCAGCCUGACCCAGUGGCCCGAGAGAGAUGGAAAUGCUGGUUUGGUUAUCGCGCGGAAGUGCAGUUCGGCGUUUUGUUUUGUUUUUGGCCGGUCAUCUGUCGUCCAUCUGAUCAAGUGCCAAAGUGUUGCACCAAAGGCUGCGAAACACCCAGGUUUCACAUUUCCAGGCACCCGUUGCCCUGUACCCUGCCCUUGACUGUACCUUAGAGGUGGGCCGGGGGCGGGGGGGGGGGGAAUCCAAACAAAAACUACUCUUUGAUGUUGACUCUUAGACAUUCGAGAUCUCUAUCGGCUAAUCCUGCUUAGGACAGGAUAAGAAAGGCAGAUUUUGGGAGCCAUUUUCAGGUGCCUCUGAUUUCCCCACUCCUGGCUUUUAAAGAUUUUGUUUCUUAAAACAAAACAGAACCAACAACCCCCAAAACUCUUUAAUAAAAACAAUUUUUUAAAAAAUGGAAGGGGAGAUCCAGCAUUUCCCAUAUUACCAGCGACAUGUUUUCUUUUCAGGACAGGGAGAACUCCAAUUAAAAACUCACAGCCCCUACCCCUGUUCCUUAUUAAGUUGGGAUGGAGCCCUGAAACAAAUGGCAAGCCCUAAACACAGAAUUAAACUUAUCACUGUGUUUUGGCUCUAUGAGUCAGGUUUUCCAAAUUAGCUUUAUACCUCUGAUCCUAAGCAUGUUUCCUCCAAAGGCAGGUUAAUGGAUUUCAGCUGGACUGAUGACAUUUGAUGGGUAGGCUGAGAGUUCUUUCCAUUUACCUUGCUGCCCAAGUAUUUUUAAACAGGUUCCAUUUUAAAACCUUUGCUGCAUUUGAAGGGUGCAGAGAUGGGCAGUCAGUAAGGCAAAACAGUUUGCAGGAAUAGGAGUGCAUCACUUCAAAGAUUCUUGUUUUUUUAAGAUGGCAGUGCUGUUCACCUCCAUAGUGCAUUUUUUUUUAAAGCUUCAUUUUGACAAUUGAUGCAGUAGCUAAAACAGUGCUGUUUAAGCUCUGUUGAGGAAUUGGAAUACAGAGCUAACACAUGGGAUUCUUUUGCAAGCCUUGCCAAAGUAUGUUACAAUGCUGACACACUUUUUUUUUUUAAGUUCAGCGGGAUCCUCUACUUUAGAGGAACAGUGUGACAUGGAAACUGCACAAUGAAUACUUUGGAUGCUUGGUGUUAGCUGGGCAUGCAAGAAGCAUAAGGGCGUGUCAGUGUGAAUUUCUUCUGCUGUGUUGAACAUGCCCAGUUGACGCUUUGUGAGCUACAGUUUAUGAGGGGGAAAUCAUAAAGGUUUUGCAGGUGGAGGAAGAAGAGCAAUAGCUUCUCACUUAACAGAACUGCCCCUCUCCAGAAAUAUCAAUGUUUGCAGCCAUCAUUCUUUUGGCUUACUCUGAAACAAAAGUGUGAAGGUUUGUAGUUAAAUUUAAGAACCACUAUAAAAAAACUGGGUGAAGGAUGGAUCUAGGUAAAAAGUAAAAUGUCUCAACAACCUUUGCAGGCCAACACAAUUAUGUAGUAGCCCACCCAGAUAUGUAGCCCUCAGCACCUGUGUCUAUUCUGUUUGUGUUCCGCAGUUCCACAUGAGCACGGGGAGGGGGAGAGUGCAUAAAGCACUUAUGAGGAACAGACCUGAAUUUCCUGAGAUUCUCAGCUUUAAUUUAUAAAACAAGUUUCUUAUAGGGGAGUGUAGUCAGACUUUGAGUAGACACACUGCAAUUAAUGGACGUGACAAACGUUGGCCCCUGAAUUUCAGUGGGGCUACUCUUGAGUCAAACUUCGUUGGCUACAGCCCCUUUGUCUGUGUGUGUUAUAAACAAAUUUCUAACUCUUUGGAUUGGUGAAAACACACUUGUAAGUUUAGAUUUAAAAAAAGUAUGCCUCCUGGAACUUGUGUCUGGUGUGGUGGUGGUGGUGGAAGAACUGGGCAGGAGAAGACUUCAGUGCCCUGCAUAGUUCCUUGAUCCACCCACAUGGUUAGCAAAACCAGCAUAAGUCAUGCAAAACACUUGAAAUUGCAGAAUAAAUUUAAAACAAUGAAAUGGGUUUUGCAAAUGUGUCUUAUGUGCAUUAAUUUAUUCGGGUGCCAGAAUUCGUCUGUUUUGGUUGUAGAAUUUUUCUGUAUACAUUUGUCCAGACUUCAUACAGCUCUGCCUUUGUGUUGUUACUGGAUGCCUUGUGUGAUAGUUCCUUCAGGUGGCUCACUUGGAAAGUAGUGUGACUUGCCAUGGGCCAAUGAAUGGCUAACUGCAGGACUAAGCCCUGUGAGGCUGGAGCCGCAGGUGUGCAUAUCUUGAGAGGAGCAAAGGCUUUUCAAACACACGCUUACGAAAAAGGGGUUUCCCCGCCCCGCUCUGCUUUGAAUGUAUUGAAGUAUGUCUAUCUGUAUUUAUUUCCACUAGAGCUGCUCCUGUCUGGAAAGCUAAGUGAAUAUGGUGUGAUUGUGCCCUUCAGUGCAGAUUGCCAGGGACGGUUCCUCUCGCACGUGGUGUCUGGCUCGGUGGCAGCAAGGAGGGGCAAAGCCACCCACCCUCCCGCUCCUCCACCUCGCCCAGGCCGGCGCAGGGUUGCCCGCAGCACCUCCUUUCUGAACCAAGGCGUGCCUGGGAAUCGCUUGUACUACUUCAAUGUUACUGUUUUUGGAAAGGAGCUGCAUCUUCGCCUGAAGCCCAACCGGCGGCUGGUGUCACCUGGCGCAUUAACUGAGUGGCAAGAGGACUUCCGGGAAGUCUUUCGGGAACCGCUGCAACAGGACUGUGCUUUUACAGGAGGAGUCUCGGGCAUGCCAGGUGCCGCAGUGGCCAUCAGUAAUUGUGAUGGACUGGUAAGCAAAAGCGGAUUGAGUCUUCCUCUUCUUCUUCUUGUCCACAGAAGAGAUGAAUCCCUUUCUCCUGUUUCCCCAGCCUUGGGACUGUCUUUGCCUUGUUACUUAAGCCCCUCUGAGCCUUGCAAAUAAUUUUUUGCUAUGAGUGUGUAUUCUGGAAUUCACCUUAUAUUUGUUACGGAUAUUAGGGGAUAAAGUUGCCAACUUCAGAUUUCAAAAAUUUCUGUUUCCUGUUUGAAGAUCUGGCAGAUCAGGGUAGGGGAAUACCAGCAGGUAAGUGGGUGUGAAGGAAAUUCCCAUUGUUCUGCUGACAUCACGAUGUUUUCCUUUUGAUCUUCAGCAGCCCUGCUUUUCAGCAGCACUUGUGCUGGCAGGAUGCAAAGUAAGAACACAAUUCAGUUUCUCAUUCAGCAGUGGGUGAAAUAGAGCACAAUGAAGCUAUCUCACUAGUCUUGUGCCUUAGUGGGGCUCAGGGGAAACACUGCUUUUCACAAAAGAGCUUUACUCAAGAACUGUUGUUUGUUUUAUCAGACUUCUGGCUCUUACGCAGCACAAAAUAUUUGCUACUGGCCAGGCUGGACUUUAUUUUUGGUUAAGAGGUAACUCUGCCAACUAGAGUGUCUUGCAGAAUGGAUAGGAUAGGUUCACCUGCAACUAUUGGUCUUGAUAGAUAAAUCUCAGGGAAGCACAUGCUGCCAGCUUUAGGUUAUUCUUGUGAGCAUCAGCCUAGCUGCUGUUUUAAAGAGAAUGGUAGCCUGCAUGAACCACUGCUGGACCAGUUGAGGCACCUGCAGGCAAUGAUGACUUCAGGGAUUCUGAGUUGAUUUUCAAACUUUGGAAAAUGCUUCCAAGUCACCUGCAGAAUCCUAAAUAUUUAAGUCAGGCAAGGUUUCAAAGACCUGCUUGGCCUCAUGGCUCGUGGGACCUUCAUUCAACCGCUAACCCUGGGUACCAUAUCACAAACAGUUCUUGAAUCUACUCUCAGUUUCCAGCUUAGUUUGCCAUGGGGCAGGGGCUGCUGCUGGGAAUAAAACAGGCUUCCUCAACUUCGGCCAUCCAGAUGUUUUUGGCCUACAACUCCCAUGAUCCCUAGCUAGCAGGACCAGUGGUCAGGGUUGCUGGGAAUUGUAGUCUCAAAAAACAUCUGGAGGGCCGAGGUUGAGGAAGCCUGGAGUAAAACAACUCUAAAGUUCACUUGCACUCUCAGAGCUAGUUUCAAAUGUAUUCUGGAGCUUUGUAAAUGCAUCACACAAGUGCAGAAUUCUAUAUUUGGUACAUAAUUCAGCAUCCUGAAAGUUUCAGCUUUUACGUUAAACAAAGUUUUUUUUAGAGAAUAUAUUCAAGUGUUUAAUGGUCUGUUGCCAUCUAUGCCAUUUUCUUCUGUACUGAAACACACACACACACACACAGAGUGAAUAUUAGGGUUCUGAAGGCUUGCCCUUCCUGGGCUACUACUAUCAGGUCCACCCAGUGCCUGUACACUGAGUGUCACAGAUGAGACCAGUAGGCAUACAGCCCAUGAAGCCCUAGUUUGAAGUGUCUGUAUACCGCAAAAUUGGCAGGUCUCUGUGCAAUUUUGAUGCUGAACAAACAGAUGCAGGGUUGGUCGAGUCAGUGCCAUCCUAACAUUGCAUGUUUGACUGAACAUCUGUGGAGGUCUUAAAGUGUACCAAGCGCACUGUGCAAUGUACCAAGUCCUGUGGUUUUAGUAACAAUAUCCUAUGUUAAUUGAAAUCUUUGUCAAUAGCAAACCUAUUUAUGCACAUUUCCAAAUAUAUGAGAAUUUUGAAGGUAUUUAUUUGUUAGCUGCUUCUUCGUCAUCACUGAUUUCAAGUUAGACUGUAUGGCCUUAUGUGCCAUACUUGCUGGCAAUUCAAAGGAGUGGGUACAGAGGCUCGGUUUUGCAUGCCAAAUACCAUCUUGGAUUUGAAUUGGAAAUUGAUAUAUUAUUUUCUUUUGCCCCGCUUCUUGUAGUAAGGCUCUUCCCUGUAGGUCCUCUCUACAGCCCAGUACUCCUUACAUUUAACCAUUUAUUGUUAUUAUUUUUGUUUUCAGAAAAGGGGGGAAAUGAGACAUCCCCCCUCAAUAUUCUGCUAGUCCCAAUAUGAGUUUUGUUGCAUCAGAAUAUAACGAGCAAUACAGAUAAAGUGGAGUAUUAAGGUUAUUCCUAUGUGUACUAAGUGUUAGGCUAUACUUAGGGAUCUGAUAAUAUUGCCCCUCUGAAAGCUGAGAUGGCAUAGCUGAAUAGCUCGGUGAUAGAAACGCCUGUCCAAGCUGGCUAUGGGAUAAUUGAUGAAGUUAUAUCCCAAUGCAUGGGUCAGUUUACAAUGAAGAGGGUCGUGAGUUCUGGUAUAUACAGGUGGUGAACGUUUUGCGUGGGGUUCCGUUCCUGGCCUCAGUGCAUGUCAGCAGACCACACAUAAAUCUGCCCUGCCCUCCUUAUACCCCACCCCGUUCUGCCCCCCAGUUACACCCCCAUUCUGCCCUCUUGUCAGUCCAAAAGGACCCAAAUGCCAGCAGUCAUGCACAAAAAAAUAGUUGCCCCCUGUGUAAUAUUUCUGCAGGUCAUUUCUGUUUCUGCAGAAUAAUUCCAAGAAUUAAGCCCAAAUUCAAAGGCCUUGAAGUUGGCACAUCUUUACCACAGCCCUGCCCCUUGUUUAUCACACUGCAGUAGCCAAGUGUUUUAGUUACAGUUUUCACCCACACAAGAGGGCAGAAGACAAGACAGGUUGAAGGUAAGACUGGAGCAAUGAGAAACGUAAGAGAAACUGACCUUGGUGGACUCAUCCAUGCCUAGCCAGGAUCUAGAUACAGACUUGGUCUGCUGUGGACUUUCCUAAACCUGCCAAUUAGUUUUACUCACCCUGAGCCUGCAGGGGCACGGCGUGUUUAAUAAGUAAAAAGACAGAGCAGUGUCCCUUUGAAGAUAAAAGAUCAGGUGAAAAACCAACAAUAAUUGCAGGAUAUGUAGGAAUGAACACCUCCAGAUGCUUUUAGUCCCUUACAUCAGAAUGCUUUUGUCCUUCUCAACUGUGUAAUUAUGAACAUGGGAUCCGAUUUUCCAAAGUGGUUUAGGAAAUUAGAAGUUCUAAUUACCAUGGAGUUGAAAAGCUAAGUCUUGUAUCAUUUUGCAAACAGCACUACAGCUGUAGCUCAUAUGCCCCUCAGCCAGCUGCUUGUCAUUUUCUAGGCAAGUGAGUAAGCAAACUAAGGAGAUGCCCAGGAGUCUUCAUCUGGCCAGAGCCCUAAAUUUCCCUUGCGGCCCCUAUAUUUCAUUUCAGUGUCCAGAUGUCUGCUGAGUUCUCUCCCCCCUGCCCCAUGAUUUGCAGAAAGGAAAGAUGGUGAUUUCCUAUAGCCUAAGCAAGUGGUAUUUGGGGGACGGCGUGGGGAAUAGCAUUCUUGUUACAUGUUUAGAAUUGUAGCCAUAUUUUAAAGGGGGAACCAAGUCAGACAAUUGAGCUCAGUACAAGAAUUCUCCAGGGUUUGACUUCCCCAUUUGUACCUUGAGAUGCCUGUGACUGACAUUAAACAGGCUCCUGCAUUCUAUAUAUUUUGUCAGAUGCAGGAAAAGGUUUUUUUGUUUUGUUUCCCCAGACAUUUCCAGAAGGAGGAGUUUAUUUGUGGGCAGUAACUCAUAUCCUUCAAGAACUGUUUUACCUGUUUUUACUUGCUUAAAACUUUUUUGUUUUGUUUUUUGUAUACCUCUGUGGUGGUAUUACGAAGCUUAGAGUUGAUAAAUAUUUCUGAUAAAUAACAAUGUUGUAUCUAAGCUAACUGGAAGGAGUGUAGUGACAUUUAAAGUGGGGGAAGCAUAACUUGUGAGCAGUAAUAAUAUGCAUUAACUGAAUUGGGUACAUUAACUAAAUCAAGUGAUUUCAGCCCCAGGUUCUUAAUCACCACACUACCCUAGCAAUUUCAUCCAGGAAGGUUUGAUUGCUCUCCCAUCUGCUGGUGGGAGGGAAGCUCAUCAGUCCCUCACCACUGGGACAUAGAAACGUAUUCUGGUGACCUCACUUAUUGGGGCUGUAUCCAAUUUGUGAGGGAGGUGGGUGGCGCUGUGGUCUAAACCACUGAGCCUCUUGGGCUUGCUGAUCAGAAGGUCGGCGGUUCGAAUCCCCACGAUGGGGUGAGCUCCCGUUGCUCGGUCCCUGCUCCUGCCAACCUAGCAGUUCAAAAGCACGCCAAAAAGUGCAAGUAGAUAAAUAGGCAGGAAGGUAAACAGUGUGCUGCUCUGGUUUUGCCAGAAGCGGCUUAGUCAUGCUGGCCACAUGAUCUGGAAAAACUCUGCAGAGAAAUGCCGGCUCCUCAGCCUGUAAAGUGAGAUGAGCGCUGCAACCCCAGAGUUGUUCGUGACUGGACUUAUGGUAACUGUCAGGGGUCGUUUACCUUUUUUUUAGCCAAUUUGUGGCCAGCUUUGCCUUCUGUCAGCAUGUAGGGCUGGUGCUGAGGGAACUAUUGCCAGUUCCCAAUAUGCCAGCCAGCCAGAUUUAAGGUUUUUCUGUUAAGCAUAUAAAGCCCUAAAAAACUGGGGACCAGGAUAUCCCUAUGUAUCUACCUGUCCACUGUAGUUGUCUAUGGGGACUGUCUUUGCUGCGCCACUUAUACCAGAGAUUCAUUCUGUAGUGAUUUGGACUAGGCCCUUCACUGAAGUGCCCCCUGCUCAGUGGAUCAUGCUGCCCAAUGCAGUUAGACAGGCUCCAACAUUGUAAGCAUUUUGUCUGAUGCUGAAAACUUUUAUUUUUACAGGCUUUCCCAGAUGGGUGGGUUUAUUUGCAGGCAGAGUUUGCUGCCAUUUGAUAAUUUUUGUUGCAAACUGCUAUGGUUUUUUUUUUUUUUUUGCAGUGCUUAAUAUAAAUUAUCUCUCUCUGCCUGAAAUUGCCUCUCUUCUUGGCUGGUGCCCUUCCAGAUCUUUUUAAAUCUUAGUGAAAUAUUAGUUGCAGCGGACUGUUCUUUUGCAGCUGAGAUUCCUUGCCUUAUGAUCUCCAAGUAGCAGUUUUUAUCAGUUUUCUCGUAUUUCACUGUCAGCAUUUCCUGUCCUGUUUGGCGUGUCGUCCUCUUUACCUCCUCUCCUAUUGAUUUAUUGAGGAAACACUAGAGAGGGCAGUAAUUUUAUCCAUGGCACAAUGUGUAAUGUCUGUGCCAAACUGUCUGACUUUUCAUUAAACGACUGGCACGUUUCCAGCUUGGUGGAUUCCACUGUCUUGUAUCGAAACAGACUAUCAAUGGAGGUUUGAAACACCCCCAUCCACCCAUUCAGUUAUUUCAUUCCAUAAAACCUCUCCGUUUUGUUUGGAUAAGUUUAUUUUAACGUUUUCCAAAUGAAACAGCCGUGUGUGCUGCCUCUUUCUGUUACAAAAUUGAGUUCAUUCUGGCAGUGCCUGUCUUGUUGAGCGUCUCAGAUAGCUGCUUCAAAUUAUACGAAUCACUGAGCUGUAUUCCCAAAGUAUCCUCAGUCACAGCAACUUUUCUGUGUCACACAUUGGCUUAAAAAAACUUCUAAAUGAGAGUCAUGUUGUUCAAAUGAGAAAGAUGAAAGAACUGGGCUCUCAAGUGAUAGUAUCUACAGUAUUUGAAGGACUAAACCUCCCGUUCCCUAGGCAUGGACAAGGGAAACGUUGGUGUCGAUAAGACUACAAACAUAAAGGCUUUUGGUUGAUUUCCUUCCCUAAGGAUAGGAGGGGGGGAACAAAAGAAAAAUAUUGCAGUAUUGGCUUUUUAAUGGCCCACAUGCAAAUUAUAUUAGAAGGGCAAGUGAAAAGUGAGCUCAGCCUGGAGAGCAUCACAGGCUGCACUGGUCCUUGUUGUCACCUUCUAUUUUGGGAUUGCGUCCAAAACACACUGGCAAUUGAGAACCUCCAGAAACAGACAUAAUCACUUCAGUGGCAUAAUAGUUGGCCGUGUGGAAAGUUGUGCCCUGAGAUCCACUGGAAUAGUGCAAGUGCUUGUGAGGAGAGCACUUUUCAGAUUGCACAUGGCCUCUGUUAAGUUGUGGGUAGACAUAGCAGACGACACAGUGAUUCUUCCAAGGCAGCUCUUUAUUUGUAAGCUGGAACAGAACCGGCUGAGGGGCUCAGUCAGCCUGCUUAUAUAGAGCUCCAGAACAAUGUAACUGUUGCCAUUUUCUAAAGCUAUCCAAUCACUGAAUGUCACUUUUGAUCCUUCAUUUGCAUACAAACUAUCCAAUCACUGAACGUCACUUUCGUUCCUUCAUUUGCAUAACUAUCUACAGUAUCCCCCUGCUGGCCCAGGGUGAGAACUUCAGUACAUAACAGCUUCAUUAGCACCUCUAAAGAGAUUUCUGACCCUAAGUGACUGCAUGCUUUGCUUCUGGUGUUGGUUCCAUUGUAGAUGAUGUUGGCACAGAAGAGGGCUUUUGCUUCCCACCCCACCCCCUUGUGGGCAAAGUCUCCUCAGCUUCAAUUAGAAAUGAUCUGGCAAUUUAUGAUCAGCAUUGGCAAACACUUGGAUCUUUUCUUUUUUCAACCCCCCACAAAUUAUACAUGCACAACUUUUUUCUGAUCUAUGCAUGCUCUCUCAGUGUUGGUGGGGAAUGGCAAAACAUUGCCUAGGCAAAGGCUGGGAUUUUAAAAUCCACCAGGCUGCUAUAUACUGGUGACUUUCCCCCUCUGCAUGAUUGGUUAUUGUAGGUCACCUGCACCAGCAGACCAAACUGGAAGGCACAUGCCAAUAUUUUUACAUUGAUUGCCUUGUUAGGUUAACUUUUAAAUCGGUUCAUUGGUCUGCUGUUCAUGAUGCAAGGGUUUUGUUUUGUGUUUUUCAAAUAGUCAGACUUAGAGUUUAUUUUAUUUUAUUUUUAAUUUUUUGGUAACAGCCAAUUUGGCUUUUGUGAGAGAUUGCAUGUGUGUGCCUGCACUUGUGGUGCAUGCAUUAUUAUUUUUUCCUAACAAGGAAAUUCCAAGCCAAACUGAUUGCUCAAAUCACAAAUUAGGAGACAGGGUAUUAUUAUUUUUAACUGCAUACUCAAAGUCGAACUCUUUGUUUCAGAAAUCAACAAAUGCUGGGGAUGCUUCUGAAUAUCUCAUCCAAAUAUCCUCCAGAAUUUUCUGAGUCACCCAGUCUUGCUUCUAAGGAAAAACCAGCAGACUUGGAAUUCCCAUUUUUUCCUUGAAUGAAUGAAUGAAUGAAUGAGUAUUUUGAACACGGUAGGGUGCUUGUGCAGUAUGUGGCAGCUUUUAGUUCCUUGAGUUUCUUUUUGUUCCCCUUGCAAUACUUAACUGAUGCACAGUGCUUUUUAUCAGUCUUUAUGUGAUGGUAUGUGUAAUUGCUCCAAGAUUCUUUUUGUGUGGUGUUUUUAUCAUUGCUCAGAAGUUCAUUGAUGUACCAGUGGAAAACCACACGAUAAUAUGUUUUUCAGACAAUCAUACGAUUUCUUGUUUUGCAAUGUUUCAUCGAAGUAUAUGUGCACUGUGGUGACAGGGGACUGUGCAAACAAGGUGAAGCAAGUGAAAUUCCAGAAUUGGUUUUAGGUGUUCUCUUAGCUACACUGAAAUUCAGAUGGAAGGAAAGAGGAGGGACAGAAUUGGGGAAAUCUUCUCCUCCCUAACCAACUUUAGUGACAGCCCUUAAAUUCAGAGGAAAGUAGACCAUGGAGGCACAAAAACGGGCACAUGAGCAUUAAUGUUCAUAAUUUAUGAGCAGAAAACUAUUUUCUGGGGCAAAGGGAACUUGUAUUCAAAACUGGAUAUUUUUGAACUCUGGUAGCAUUGUUACUGAGUGCAUGGAGUGUCCUGCGAUCCUGAUCACUGCAUCUUCUUAACACUUCUAACCUCUGAUGAAAGCCUCUGAAAUGGCAAUUUAUCAUUUGAUCAUCUAGUGUCAUGGGCAAGUAUCUAGGAAGGCUAUGAUUCUACAUCAUGGAUGCUUUAGUUGAGAUUCCUGUGUUGCAGAGGGUGGGAGUAGAUGACUCUUGGUAUCCCUUCCCACUUUAUGAUUCUAUUAUUUUUGUUCCAACCUGUAUUCAUCGCAGUCAGCAUUCUUUUGUUUUCCACCAUAGUUUGUUUUCUGCCAAAUACUACCUUGUUUAUCUAGCUGCACAUAAGUUGCAUAAGUUAUGUGGCUAUUUACAUUUCCUAUAUAACAUUUAGUGUAAAGAAAACAGCAAAACAGUGUAAAACAACAACAACUAUAAUUAUAUUAUGUAUCAUUUGCAGACCAAAAAACAACAGCAGCUACAUAAAUGAAUACAGAUUUUAUUCACUGGACUGGUUUUCAAUCCUGACCACAGAGAAAUGUGUGAACUGCAACAAUCUCUGCUUACUUUUCCAUUUUUGUUGGAAUUCUGACAUCCCUGGUGACGGGAAGAUGGAAAUAAGAGCUGGGAGGGGACCAUGGCUUGGUGCCAGAAUGCAUGUUUUGUACACAAAAGAUCCUGAGUUCAAUCCCUAGUAUUUCCAGGUGGAGUUGAGAAAGAUUCCCGUCUGAGACCCAGACAGUGUAGAGACGAACCAUUAGUCUUAGUUUAUAUGGCAACUUCCUACGUACCUAACUUGCUGAAUUCCUGGUGUUGGAUCGAGCUUGGAGAAACACUCUGAAGGAAUACUGUUGAGUCUCCCGGCCUCGUUUCUUCUUGUUUUCAUUUGUGCAUAAGCUGGCAAAACAUGCAAAUAAAGCUAGCGUUCUUUAAAAUGGGCAUACUUACAAAAUGUUAAGUGCCCAACUUCCCUGGCAGGAAUUGAAUGGGCUGCUCUGAGGUCUUUUUGCUUUUUUAGAAUACUCUCAUUGUAAGUGAAAAGUGCACACCAGUCAUUAUUCCAUUUACAGUGUAAUGGGAACUAGCUGGAGUUUGAUUAAUGGAUGGGGAUAGGAGGUUGCAGUUAACUUCCACACGGCCCUUUACAAACAUUGCUGUGUCUGCUGCUGGUACAGGUGUUGCUUAAUAACUGCCUUACACAAUGUUCAGUAUGUGUGGCUGUUUUAACUCAAUCCUAUUCGCUCUUGGGAUGUGCCAAAAUGGGACUCUGGUUUUCAGGAACGCUUUCUGCAAUAGGGAGUGACAAUGAAGAGCGUAGAAAUGUUCACCAAUUUUGCAAGACUCCCCUAUCAGGAAUGGAAGGACAGUGGCAGGUGGAAAAGCAUUGGCCUCAUUGUUCGGUUUCCUAGCCCUGUGACAUCUCACGUGCCACGUGAGUCCUGAUCGGUUGGAAUUGGUUAAGAAGGAAAUGUCCCACGAUUUGCUGCUGCUGUGGUGUCAAAGAGGGAGAAUGCAAUGUGCUGGAGGAGGCUGGGGAAUAUUUCCAUAAUAUGAAACAUACCAAAGCUGCUGAAAGAUCAUUCAAUGAACACAUAGGAAAAGCAGUGAUAUGUACAUUGUACAUUGUCUUUUGUUGGCCAUGGGGGUGCCAAUUCUUGAAAUAAAUUGUUGGUUCCUGGGGAGGGUCAGGGCCAGCAUUUGUGUGUGUGUGUGUGUGGAUAGGAAUGCUUACCACAAAAGCUGUUUCCACCUAAAGUUGACCUGCCCACAUUCUGAUGUUUCCUUGGCAGGGCCACACUGACCUGUGAUUCAGUAUGUACUUAUCUAGAGCUGGAUCCAAUUUGAAAAUGAAUGCCAGCAUUAAAAUUAAGUUCUGCUUAGUUGUUGGGGUGGAUUAAUGAGGCAUACAGUGUGAAAGUUAUGUAAAGUAGGGUAGUAAUGGAAGCUGUCUAAGAUGCAAACUUCAGGAAGUAGAGUUUCCUUCCCUUAUGCCUAUGGACUAAUAAAGACACUUGUAAUAGAGUGGGUGAAACCGGGGGGGGGGGGGGGGCAGGGCGGAUUAUCAAGCAUGUAAUCCGAAAUAACAAAGACUAACUGUGCUUAAUUUUUGGUCGUACUGGGUGGAAUUCAAUGUGGUGCUAAGGAGGUUGAUCCUACAGUGCAAGCAUUUCGCCUCCCUCCACACAUUGUUCGGGGGGGGGGCGUUCUCACAAGCCCCUAGAGUGGAUUUUUUUUGGGGGGUGCACAAGGGGGGAAAGCCCUGUUGUGUUAGCAGGGGAGCCCUCAUGCUGGCUUCUGCUAGCAGAACAGGGUAGUUUAAUACAGCUCAGUGUAUUCAAAAUAAGACCUACCCUGUCUUGAAUGAGUGGGGGAAGAUAUUUACUUCCAUCUGCUGGCCAUGCAGAUGCUGGAUAUUUGGUAAGCCAGAGAAUAAGGUAUGGUUGCCCUGGGCGCAAAAUUGCUAGGGGCACAAAAUUUCAACAUCUGGUGCUUCCUCAAUUCAGCUGCAUGCUUCCGUCGCUGGGGUCCAUUGAAAACGGCUCUCCAUGCGAACCAGGAAGUGACCUCUCCAUACAACAGAACAACUCUUCUUUGCUUAUCUCUGCGGCUGCGAUCUCCUGGGUGACGUGGACGUUAUUAGGCAGUUGAAUGCACAUGUGUACCUCCCUCCUGCCCACUUCGCGCAGCCCCAGGCACUAGCAACCCAUGCUAGGCCACUGCCCCCACCCCCUGACCUUUUAUAUGGAGACCCAUCAGACAUGCAGUUCUGCACCACAUGCUGCUUCUGAACAUUUAGACUGGCUUUGUGUGUACAGUGGUACCUCGGGUUACAUAUGCUUCAGGUUACAUACGCUUCAGGUUACAGACUCCGCUAACCCAGAAAUAGUACCUCAGGUUAAGAACUUUGCUUCAGGGUGAGAACAGAAAUCGUGCAGUGGCGGCAGGAGGCCCCAUUAGCUAAAGUGGUGCUUCAGGUUAAUAACAGUUUCAGGUUAAGAACGGACCUCCGGAACGAAUUAAGUAUGUAACCAGAAGUACCACUAUACACAGAACGCUUCAGGGUUUUUAUCUUACUGUGUAAUGUUGAGAAAACCCGCGUCAGCCUAGAGGCUGGAGUCCAGUCAUAUGCUCACCACCUCCAAGCCAACUAAAAUGUUUGAGACCCAACUUUACCAAGAUAGCUGGCAGGGAGGUGCUGAGGUUGGCAGGGUCUACUGAAGCAUUGCCUACUAGCCUCCCGUGCUGGGGGCUGCCAGGAGCUUCUGCCAAGCCAGUCUCUCUUUGGCUUGGGGCUGGCUCCCAACUCCAGAGCUGCUCAGCUGAUGAGAUUCCAGCGGAGAAACGUGCUUGGCUGAAAAGGCUGGUGCCAGGCCCAUUGGGAGAAGAGAAAAUAAGGGGGAUUAGGCUCCUGUAUGGGAUCAUUUUGGGACAUUUCGUAGCCAUGUCUGCACCUUUAGCCCUCCUCCGAAAAGGAGGGAGAAAUAAGACAAUAGAACAACUUUUAACACCCCCCCCCAAAUUGCUGUUGUUGCUUGUCUUCUGAACAAGCUCUGUUAUGUUGACAGGGUGGUGACUUCUUAGGCUUUCUCCCUUUGCCAUUGACAUAUGCAGUAGAAGAAGCUAUAGACCAGGGUUUCCCAAACUUGGGUCGCCAGCUAUUUUUGGACUACAAUUCCCAUCAUCCCAGACCACUGGUCCUGCUAGCUAGGGGUGAUGGGCAUUGUAGUCCAACAGCAGCUGGAGACCCACGUUUGGGACACUUCACUAUAGACACUAUAGACCUUGUGAUGUGGGAGUAGGCCUCAUUGAACUGUGUGAUGCUUGUUCCUGAGAAGGCUGCGCAGGCAAUCACACUGUUAAUGCAUUGUCCUGUUUGUUUUAAAAUUGCUUUUUUUCUGCCACAACAGCAAAAAAAGAACCUGUGAUAUACAAUUAAAAAUGCUAGAACUAAAAACAAACUAACUGAAAUGAACAUUUGACUAAUAAGAUAAUUGAAAGCACAUCAGAAUUUCACUAUAUCUAGUUAAAAAUGCUUAACCCCCCCUUUUUUAAAAAAGAACUACUGCAAGAUGUGUCAUUUAAAUAUGAUUUUUGGGAGCCUAAUGACAUAGGAAGAGCUGCUGCUGGUGCAGACCAAAGGCCCGUCUAGUCCAGCAUCCUAUUGUCACAGUGAAGAAACUCACAAGCAGAACUGGAGUUCAAUAACAAUUCUCACUCCUUGCGAUUCCCAUAAACUAAUGUAGAAGCAGGUUGCCUGUUCCAAUAGUAGAGGUAAAAUAGACUAGAGGCCAAUGAUUGUCAGUGAAUUUUGCCAAUCCUCUUUUAAAGCCAUGCACGUUCAUAGCUCUGUACUGAAUUUUCUUUCCUGGACAGCACAGCAAAAAGUGUACACAAGCCCAUGACCUCAACACUCCCUUUCAUUCUUGCAGAUACAUAAUUUUUAAAAGGUUUACAUGUAGUUUUGUUUCUCAGGGUGGCUUGAACAGUGGGGUCAGUGUGAGCCCUUUCCCUGGAAGUAAUUAUUAUUCCUAGCCCAGGAGAGGGGAGUGCAAAUGAGGCAGGUCUUCGCAAGAAUACUUUGGUGAUUGCAAAGGUUAGAGGUUGUGUGUGUGUGUUGUUUUCUAAAAGUAUGAUUCUAGGUUCAGGACCAACAUUGCGUUGGUCCACUCAUUAGCAGAGGCCCUGUGCCACCUGCAGUUCGGUGACCUUAAUCUGUUCAAAGGCAGCGUUAUAACAUGGAAAAAUAGAUUGCCCAGUAGGGAGCAGAUCAUUAGAAUCAAUUGUCUAGACUGUUUUUUCAGUCAUCCCAGGAAGCUGACAAGUGUGUAACGUGCAACCUGCGCUCUGCAUUCCAUGUAAAGGUCUUAAGAAAGGGUUGCUUGAUCCUUUCUUGCAGAAAUGCAAAGGAGCAGGCAAUGUCGAGGCAACAAAUCAUGAGCACACUUACUUGGGCUUAAACCCAAUUGAGAUCUGUAAGGAACUUACUUCCAUGUAAGCAAGCGUGGGAUCAAACUUCAUCAGGUCCCAGAAAGUGUUCAACCAGAUCAGUACACUGCUGGCUAUCCUUAUGCACCGUUACUUGGAAGUCAUUUGUACUAGCCAAUGGAGACAGUGUCCAGAUGUAGUAAGGAAAACCCAGAAAGAGCCAUGUUGAGGCCAUCUGGUCCAUCAUUCUGUUCUCACAGUGGCCAACCAGAUGCCUCUGGAAAGUCUGCAAACAGGGCGUGAGGGUAAUGGAAACUCUCUCUAUUUGUGAUAUCCAGCAGCCAGUGUCCGGGGUGUGCUGCCUUGGACAGUGGAGGUGGAACACAACCACCAUGGUUAGUAGCCAUUGAUAGUCUUAUCUGAUUUGUCUAUUCCUCUUUUGUGGCCAUCUUGUGAAAGCAGCUUCUGUAGUUUAAGCAUGUGAUGUGUGAAAGUAAAGCUUUCUUUUGUCUCCUGAAUCUUCCUGCAUUCAUGGGUGUGGAGGUCCUAAAAGAGAUCAAGGGAGAUCUGGUCUCUCUCUCCCUCCACUCUAGGGUGCACUCCUUUUUGAUUUGCAAACAGUGAAGGGAGGGGGAGAUCUAGGGUUGCCAUAUUUUGAAGAGCAAAAAAGAGGAUGCUAUGAUGACUCUUAUUUUAAAUACCCCUACUAUAUGUAGGCUAUAGAAGCUUUGAUAUAUUGUUGAGAGGGGUCUGGCAGGAGAAGAGAAGAGGAAAGUAAGUCUUCAACCACCAGUUGUGCCUAUGUCUCAUCCAGAAAGUAUAGCCAGAGAUAUUUUGGCAAGUUAAAAAAAUCCACCCAGACAGAAAUUUCACCCCUGAAAAAGAGGACAUGUCAUGGAAAAAGAGGAGACAUGGCAACCCUUGGGAGCUAUUCCUUGUUCCCACUUACUGCAGUUUGGAGCUCUAGUGCUGCUUUGGAUGGGUAAACUAUUGAAAGGCGGGGAGGUUUUGGAGGUGGUGGUAGGUGAUAGGCCUAUAUUGAGCUCUCUCCAUUGAUGCUAGCACAGUAUAGAAACCAGUUUGCACACGUUUAUAACUGUAAAAAAUAGAAGAAGGGAAACUGAUGGUCAUAUAAGGCAUUCUGAGCUCACCCUAGCUGCAGUACAUUUAUGGUACCAAUAUUCCUUCUUGUGCGUAUAGUCUAGACUGACUUUUGCCAACCUGUUACCGUGCUGGCUGGGGCUGGUGCAAGCUGCAGCCAAAACAUCUGGAAGGUGGCAGAUGGGUGAAGGCUGGUUUAAUAUAAUUACAUUCCACCUGUACUACAUAAACCUCCACUGCCCAGCUGUUUACCCCAGGCAAAGCUCGCUGAGCAUUUAAUAUUCACGUAAGUGAUUUUACAGUGCAUUCCUAUGAACUGCUGCCUGCUUGACGUGCAAAAUUAGUUUAUUACUGCACAGUCAAUGUGAGAGCACUACAGUGACUCUUCCAACUCUCUGGCAGUGCAGGCAAAUCACCCAUUGUUCUCAGGCCUUAUUUCCCAGUGUGGACAGACUGGCAUGUAUUGGCAGCUCUGCGGCAACAAAUUAACCCAGGACUAGAGGCCACCAAAUAUGGUAACAUGGCCGGUGUUAGUUUCGAAUUCCCAAAGCGUUUGUUGGCUUAAUAGGGACAAAAAUGUUUCUUGAAAAAAUAGUCUGGAUUGUUGCAGAGCUUCAAAGGAUACCGCUGAUGUGUGUUACAAAAGAGCUUUUUCAUAGCCAACAGAUGAAGAAAAAAGUGGGUGGUGAUUAGGGAAAGUCAGUGACCGCUAGGUCAAUAUUAACAUCCUUGCCAAAAUCUUGUCAGUCUGCAGUGUGUGAUUUGAUUUCCUUUUGAUUGUCCAAAGCCUUAAUCAGGUGGAGUUUCAGAAUAAAACUGAUGGGCAGCCUCAAUGCAGAUUUACUGGAAGCACAAGACUUAUUUCAGAGUAAAGACAUCUGGUAUCGCAAGGAUUUCGUGCAGCAACUCCUUGGGCUGGGGGUAUUCACCAGUGUGAUGCUCUGUAUUUCUAAGGCAGAUUCUUCCUGAAGCAUUCAAAAUGUAGCAUGUGAACUGAAAUCAGAACUGUGAUUAACCAAAACCCAGGGAGGCAUUUGAAAAUGGAGGGGUUGACAUGGGUUCUCUGCCAAGUUGCACGUUAAGAAGACUAGUUGGAAAGAGUAUAGAGGAUCCAGCAAAACUUGCAAUGGCACAAAUGAGGAAAGUUCACACAAUCACCAGGAGUUAUUAAUAGCACCAGAACUACUGUUGUUAUUAAUGUCACUCUAAAGUGCAUAAUAGCACCUUUGAUGGCACAUAUUGGUGUCUUGAAACAAUGUUUAUGUUACCAGCUACGCCCCACAUGCCAUUUCUACUAUUCUGGAUAUUUGCUUGCAUUUACGGACCCCUGAUGUCUUGGCUUGUGAUUUGUUGUGUUUUGUCUCUAAUGGAAAUAUGCACAAAUUCCCAGUGCUAUAGUGUUUAAUACAGCAAGAAAAUCACAACACUGCUACUCCUUUAUCAGCAAGAGAAACUAUUUGUGGUGUCCAGCCUUGCAAAUAGUAUAAAUUGCACGAUCACUGAAGUUCUGCAUUUUCGCUCCAGAAGUUGGGAGGUUCCAGGAUAUGUCAAUAGUACUGCUGAAUACAUAGGGGCCAAACAUGGUUUUCAAGCUGACAUCACCAAUACACACUUCCUUAUUUUUCUUUUGCCGUUUUCUUCCAUGGCUCUCCAGGCAGGCCUGAUUCGUACAGACAGCGGCGAGUUUUUUAUUGAGCCCUUGGAGCGAGGACAGUGGGAGAAAGAAAAGAAUGGGAGAGCUCAUGUGGUCUACCGUAGGUCUACUGUCAAACAGAGAGCAGAAGCAUACAAGGACCAUCAUAAUGAAGGUAAGUCUUCCUGUUGAGAUGGAUGCACAUUUCCAGCACCGUGUUCAUGGCUCCCACACAUCCAUUUCCAGAUAGAUUUGACACGGAGGCACUAUCUGCUUCCGUAACAGUUCCAGGACAGAAAAAACAUUAUGCCUGAAGAGGGACUCUUGCCAAGGUGGUGUUUGAAAUGUUGUCCAUUUCCCCCCACCAUUUCUCCACAGGAAGCAGAGCUGGAAUCCUGCUUGCUUGCAAAUAAAAGCCUAGUGCUCAUUAGCUUGCUUUUGUCCCUUACUGGGAAAACACACAUUUUCUCUUUCUUAUAUGGAGACUCUGUUUCUCCCUCUUAAACCUUCCAGAUGCUUUGGGAGACCCAGAAAGGCAACCACUAUCUCUAUGUUCAUAUUAUCGGCUCUUUGCUUUGCAUAUUUUCUGUUUUUGUGGGUUGUGAAUCGUAGCUCAUAUACAGUGGAACCUCAGUUUUUGAACGUAAACCAUUCCGGAAGUCCGGUCGACUUAGGAAACAUUUGAAAACCAAGGAUCAAAGGGCGGUCUGCAAAUUUACAGAGAAAAUUGAGAAAAAUACAGUGGUAGCUCAGUGGAAGUCAUUCGUCUUCCGAGGCACGUUUGAAAACUGAAGCAUUUACUUCUGGGUUUUCGGCGUUCGGCUUCCAAAAUGUUUGGCAGCUGAGAUGUUCAAAAGCCGUUGUUUGACUGUACUGCUGUCUUUUCUGCUGUUGGAUUUUUUUUAUGAUUAUAGUCUUGUUUAUUUAUUGAGGAUUUCUAUUUUUAACUUUUUUAUUGUAUGCUAUUUUUGUAUUGGGGGAUGAAUCAAUCAAUCAAUCAAUCAAUCAAUCUACAUGCUUACAUAUAGAAAGCAAAAAGGCAUAGCUUCUUCUCCUUUUAAGAGCUUCAGGGCCUGGCAUCUUUGAGCAGAUACAGUUUUCCCCAGGACUGACACACUGUGAUGGGAGAAGCUUCCUUCUUUCCUGGAGGACAAAGAGAAACACAGAUUGCCUCUGUCAGUCACCAAGAAGUUGUUGCACAUACACAAAAGAGAUUUAUUUGUGUGUGUGACAAAAAUGCUCCAGAAUUCUGCAACCAUAAAAUCCCAACAUAUGCAACUCGUAUUCUUAAGCACUCCCUCUGGGUGGAGAGAGGUCUAGGGAAAGUACUGGUUUAGUGUUCUUUUGCAUGAGAGAGUACUGGAGAUUUACUUUGUCUAACAACUGGUUUUUAUUUACAAAUAUGUAAGCAGAACAUAGUAAAAGCUGACAGCACAACUGCUAAUCCUGCCCCAGGCGCCCCAACCAGCAGCAUGGACCCCUGUGCCCCUUCCAUCUGCUAUACCCAAGCUCAAAGCUCUCAGGUCUUUCCACUUCUUUCUGUGUCCAGAUUCAGAAUGCAAAACUGCUGUUAGCUGUUUCUCUGCCCUUUCAAAACUGACAAUGGUUGAAUUCUGUAAGCUAAGGCCAUCAAGGAAUGUAAAUUCCAGUAUACAUGGCAGGGCAGUACCUGUUCUUAGGCCAACCAAAAUGUCAUAAAAUAGUGUUCAAGAUUUGACAUUUUGGUUGACCUAAUAAAUAGUCUGGCCCUACUAUGUAUUUUGGAUUUUUUUCUUAUGGGCCAGCAUGGCUACCUUUUCCCUGUUUAAGGAGCAUUCAGGCUUUCUGAUCCAAUUCUUGGUCCCCAAAGGCAGUACUUUAGACACAGAUUAUAGUGAUAGCUCGACUCACAGCAAUUAAGAUCGACCAACUGCAUAUAUGUUUCAGUGUGAUGAUAACUUGCAUGCUUUGGCUUGUGGUGUAUGUGUUUUGAGGUUGGUUUUUUGUGUGUUUUUUUGCAGAAUAAUAGAUUUUAGAGACCAGAAUAACUACUGAAAUUUCACAAUUGUGCCAGCAGUAGCUUUUUAACGCCUUUAUCUUUUCUCUCAACUUUCCUAGUUCCAGGCUUUAGCCUAGGUCAGCUCCCAAACACACUGAACCUAAUUGAAGAGCAGGUUGGCGAAGCAGAUCGGAAGAGGCGCCACGCCAAGAAAGACGACUACAACAUAGAGAUUCUGCUGGCCGUGGACGAUUCCGUUGUGCGAUUCCAUGGGAAGGAACACGUCCAGAAUUACGUCCUCACCCUCAUGAACAUAGUGAGGCUCUCUGUUGUUUUAUUUUAACUGUUACAGAUGGGGACUGGAAGGGAGGGCUGCAUAUCCACUAGUCACCUGAGUGUGGGUAUCUGCUGUUUGCAUCGGAUGAUGUAGUUUCACUGUGUGAGUGCACAUAUGUACCCUAGAAGUCUGCGAGGCCGUAAUGGUGCAUAUUGUGAAACCUUCAUGUCUUAUAAUGGCAUUUGAUGUUGUGUUCGAAGGUUUGGGGCCUACCCAAGCGAAGGAUAGUUGGAUUGGCUCAAUGGACAUUUCCCUGUCAGAUUCCAUGGGCUGGGUGGGCGGGAAGGUGGCUGUUGAAGCAGGCAGUUGUUCAGAUUCUCUACAAAGGAAAUCAUGACUCUUGAUGAAAAGGUCUGAUCAACAGUUAGUAGUAACCAACCGUCAGAUCCUUCUGGCACCUCAGUUACUGUUUUCGUGGGUGAAAGCUUUCAGAUGAAGUGAAGCCCCAUUUAAAACUCUGGCUAUAUAUAAUGAAAUUUGCCAGAAGUGACCAGCUAAAAGAUGUUUUGCUUGCAGUUUUACCAGAGGUCAGACUUCAGCAAAUACCAGAGCAGCUUUGGAGUGAUUUCAAAAGAAGUGGUUCCCUUUUUGGAGCAGAGGUUCUAUCCUAGUAUCAACAAUGACAACAGAUGUCAUCGUGCUGCUAGGAUGGAUGCUUUUAAUUAAUGUUUGCCAGAGAGAUGAACUCCAUGUCGUAUUAGGGACCCGAGCAUUCACCUUAACUUGCCCCUCAGAUUUAUCCGCCAUUUUAUACGCCAGCUGUGUUUUAGAACUAUUCUGCAUAAACGAUGUGCUUCUACAUGUGCAGAAUGGUUUGUUUGCUAUUGGUUCAUCUAUUAUUAUUAUUAUUAUUAUUAUUAUUAAUAGUCAAUUUAUUAGUUGCUUGCCCUAUAAAGGAUCCUCCAAGUGACUUACAACCAUUUUAAGGGCACAAAGCGCAGCAUAAAAAGAACAAUACAUUGCAUUAAAAAUCAUUCAAGAACUUGUAAAACAGACCCAGUAAAACAAUAGCAAAAAACAUAAACAGGAAAAACCAUCAAAAUAUUAAAAUAGUAACUUUGUCACAUGGCAAAACGUAAAUGCAAAGACGUCUCGUCUCCCUAUAAACUUGAUGUUUUAAAUGAGGUGCUUUGGAAACCUUCCCCUUUCAGGUGCACCAAUUUGCUCCUUAAACGAACCCAAGUUGUAGAGAAGCGAAGGGGUUUCCGUCACUCCCUGACCUUGUGCUUGCCCCUCCUGUGCAACUGGGUGUCAUGCAUGAUGUCAUUUCCCCCCAGCUUCUAGGGGACGGCAUGAGAAGCUUGAAAUUGUCAGGUUUAAUCAAAAGCUUCAUUUUCAACCCCAUUUCAUGGUUUAUACUCAGCAGGGAACGCUUUUCACUCUGUGAAUGUUCAGGAUGCUGGGUUUGGGGGGGGGCGGCGGGGGGCGGGGAGGAGUGGAAGAGAGGCAGCUGCCUUUUCAGAUGGAAAAAGGCCCAUUGGAGAGCUUAAUGAGAUAGAAGAAAAGAUCGGUAAAAAGGAGAAAACAUGACCUCUGUGGGUAAGAUGCAAAACGAAUAGCUUGCUAAAGCAUUAUUUCCUUCGCCAGCCUCCAGGCAGACCCUUUUUCUCUCCAUCCUCUUUGUCCCUUCUUUUAGUUCUGACACUUUCUUUUCGUACCCUUGUCAAGUCUCCCGGCACUUGGUGAGCAACACCCACCAUUUAAGGGCCUUGUCUGCUAGUUAUCCAUCAUUGCUGGUGACAUUUCAGAGGCUUCUCUUUAGACUGGACUCCCACCGCGCCACCAUGCCACUCGGGGGGCCUCUCACUUCAAAAGGUGUUUUGGCCUAGACCGCUUCCCAAGCAGUAGUCCCCCACCCCACCCCACACGCAAUUUGACAAGUCUCGCUCUCUUCUCAAUACUGUUACAAUAGUCCCAAAAUGUGGCUGAGGUGGAAUAAAAUUAAGGGGAUGCAAGCAAACUCCCCAGGGAGUAAGAGAACUAUUUGUUUUCAAUAAGUCUUGUGGGUUUUUAGCUGCCUUUUGCCUACAACCUUAUGUACAUCGCUGGGAGAUAUUUGUGGUUAAGCAGUCUAUAAAUCUUUCUAAAUAAGUGGGAAGCCAACUUCCUUCUAUUUUUUAAAUGCCACACAACUGAGAACCAGAUUCUUUUAGUACACUAACAGCCAACAACCAUCUUAACCUCAAGGGGUUGCUUCUUCCCACACUUUUCUAGGAGGUCUCCCUGCUCCAAAUACAGUGGUGCCUCGCAAGACGAAAUUAAUUCGUUCCGUGAGUUUUGUCGUCUUGUGAUUUUUUUCGUCUUGCGAAGCACGGUGUCGGGAAAGUUUUGGAAAAGCUUCAAAAAUCACCAAAGUCUUUAAAAACCUCAAAAAAGGCUACCACACCGUAGUUCUAUGAGUUGCUCCUCGAAGUCAAGUCGCAACUGUAUUAACGGUGUUAAGAAAAAGGAAACAAACUUGCAAGAUAUUUCCGUCUUGCGAAGCAAGCCCAUAGGGAAAAUCGUCUUGCGAAGCAGCUCAAAAAACACUUUCGUCUAGCGAGUUUUUUGUCUUGCAAGGCAUUUGUCUUGCGAGGUACCACUGUAUUAACUCUCAAGUCAUCCACGGCACAGGAACAUAGGAAGAUCAGCUGCCUUAUACUGAGGCAGGUCAUUGGCCCAUCUAUCUCAGUACUGUGCAUAUUGAUUGGUAGAAGGGUUCUCAUAGUAAUCUAUCCCAGCUCUAUUUGGAGAUUUUGGGAAUAGAACCUAGAAUGUUUUGCAUGCACAGUAUGUGCUCUUAUCUCUGAGUGAAGGCCCUUCCCCAAUAAUACUUCUGUGUAUUCUUUCCCACAGCUUCAAGUUUCUUCCUUUGUUUGAUACAGUUAGAUCAGCUGGCAGAGGGGCAGGUUGGUGAGUGGCAACCAGGGUGUGAACCUCCUUAUCUGGAGGAGGUAUUCUUUGCUGUGAAAAGAAUGCAGGAAACCUUUGUUUUAAUGGGUGUUUGGAACAGUGAGCCCGAAUUAAUGGGGUGUUAAACCAACUGCUGAUGGUUUGUGACUUGUUUUAUUACUGCUUUUAGCUGCUGUGUUGUUGGAUAUUUUGCAUUUUUAGUUGCCAGCAGGGAGGGGGCCUUAUCAUUUGGUCUUUUACGAGGCUUGUGGGAUGGAAAAAUUUCGUGCGCUUUGGAUACUUUAAAUUGUCCUGCAAAUGCUGAAGUCUUGUGUGCAGAGGAAGAAACCAUUGCAGGAAGGAGACUUUGACGUGUGGAGUGGAAGAUGGGAGGACGCCGCAGGUUAGCUCUACUCAGAAGCAGCCUGUUUCCUUCUUAAAUCGGAAAUAGGUUAGAGGAAUGCACAGCUGAGCAGAAUGCCCUUGUGCUUUUGUGGGGUGGGUGACCCGGGGGAGCAAGGCGGUGUUCAGAGUUCAUCAGAAAGGAAUACAAAAGGGAGCCAUGCCAGCAGCUAUAAAUCACAGCCUGACCAAGACCACACAAAUGAACACUAAUCCUGUUAGUUCAAGGCAAGGCUGAAGAGGGAGAGCCUUGGCGAAGCUCUUGUCAGAUUGUAAGAAGAAAGGAUUUGAUGAACUGGUAGCUUGGGUGAGUAGAGAGACCACAGUGUUAAUGGAGAGAGAGAGAGCAAGGCUGUCUUAAGGGAGAACCAAGUCUGUCUCAGAAGUCUUUUGACAGGUUUGAGAUACAAUACACUGUGUAUUAUUUUAGCCCUCAAGGGCUAAAUCCCGCAUGGGAUAUACUCUUAUAUAGGGCUGCCUUGAAUGGAAUUGAGCUGUUUUCCUCAACUGGAAACGCCCUGAGAUUUUAAAGGGUUGAGCUUAUUUCAGUUGUUUGUAAGAUGUAUCCUAAUUGCGUUUUCUUAAUGGAAAACGGAAGUUCCCUAUAUUGAAACAGUUCUAUCAACAUAGGGAUGAAGUGUGUCUUUUGCCCAUGAGCUGUUUAUGUGGAAAUGAAGUCUAUAUUUAGGACAGGAUGAUGACUGGAUACUCGUGUACAUCUGUGUUGCCAUGGAUUCAUUUUCCUCUUAUUAUUGUAAACAAUAUUUGUUUCUUUAGCAGCUUAGGCUGUCAAUGAAUCAUUUAAGUUCAAGCUGUUGUGAUGAUAUAAUAUAAAAAGUUGGCUUUAAAAAUAAAGUGUAUUCCUGUUAGCGCAGUUUUAAGACUGCAAUACUGUACACACCUACUGUUGAACAUAGUAGAGCUUGCUCCUGAGUAAACAAGCGCAGGACUGCACUGUAAGAAAUGUAAACCAAGUAAACGUUCAGAUAUAUUGAACUUUAUGAAAACCAUUUAAAGUGCCUUAUGCUGUUUGCAGCAUAAACAUUACACUGAUUGCACAGAUUUCCCCAAAAAACAUUUUGUUCAGUUUUUGGGAUCUCCCUAGAAUUUUAUCUCUGGUCUGUGACUGUAAUAAAUUGAUUCGUUCAUUCAUCUUUCUAGAAUUCUGAAGAUCCAAGCGUUCUUUUAUAAAGAAUAAUGACACAAAGGAAGUGUCUAGCCUUCAUGAAUGCAAUGAUACGCAACAAGACUGAGCACACAAAAUAUCAAAUGGCUGAAUAUGUGAGGCCAUGGACAGUAUGUGCAUAUGUGUUAACUGCUUUUAAAAGCCAGCCUUAUAAAAAAGUGUGGAGUCUCAAAAUUGAAUUCAUGGGCACCCUAGAUGGGACAUGAAUUUGGUGAAUGUGCAUAGGAGGUAAGGAAAGCCAGAAGACGAGUGAGAUUCUCUAGCCACGUGAACAUUCAGGUUCUUUUAGAUUCUAACUCAAACCUGAAAGCAACUCAUAUGCACAGCCUUAGCAUGUGUUGGAACAGAGUGGGUAGAAAUUUGUGGGAGUUCUGCAUUCUUUGGCUACAAAGCCCAAGGGGUGGAGUAAGAGGUGCACUUUAGCGGUAGAACCUACCAUAUUCUUCAGGUAGCGUUGGGAGUGUCCCUUGUCUGAAAUCCCGGAAAAUCGCUGACCAUUGGUGUAGACAGUACUGAGCUGGCUGGACCCAAUGGUCUUACUUGGUGUAAGGUAGAUUCCCCAUGUUCCCUGGACAUUUUUGUUCAUCUGUUGUGUUUAUGGAGUGGUUCUCAAAGAGAGUGGUGGCAAGUGUGGCGGGAAGAUUCAAGGACAACCGAAGAAACAUUUAAACAUUCCAGUCUAAUGUAGUAUAGGAUAGUGCCAAAGUUUUAUUUUAUUUGCAGAAUAUGGAUAGAUAUCUUCUCGAAAUGAGAGCAAGAGGGAAUGAUUCAUGUUCUUAUGUAGCUCUGCAUUGUUUUACAGUAUACUUUCUGGAUGUCCCAUGAUCGUAUUAUAAAGUAGUUGUGUUCAUGUUUUAACAAAUGAAGCACUGACAGGAGUUGUUUCUUUUUGUUUUCCAAUUUUGUACGCCUUAUCGAUAAAAGAUUAGGUGUGGCACGAGCAAAUUUUUAUUCUGAAAGUGUGGCCCAGGGGAAAAAGUUUGAGAACCACUGCGUUCAUAGAAAGUGCAAAAGAUUCCUAAUCUGCAACCUUGCAGUGCUGCUUUUGUCAUUGAUGGUUGCUUCCAUGUCCCAAUGGUUACUCUUCUCCUUGCUGGUAUUAAUAAUAAUAAUAAUAAUAAUAAUAAUAAUAAUAAUAAUUUAUUUAUACCCCGCCCAUCUGACUGGGUUUCCCCAGCCACUCUGGGCAGCUCCCAACAGAAUAUUAAAAACACGAUAAAACACAAAACAUUAAAAACUUCCCUAAACAGGACUGCCUUCUGAAGUCAGAUAGUUGUUUAUUUCCUUGACAUCUGAUGGGAGGGCAUUCCACAGGGCGGGGCGCCACUACCGAGAAGGCCCUCUGCCUGGUUCCCUGGUUCCUUCUCGCAGUGAGGGAACCGCCAGAACGGUUAAGAAAUAUUAAGCUCCCGGCACUUAAAAAGGACAAAGCUCUUUCCCCCAGUGAUCCUCUACGUGGGGCUGGAAGGUGGGGGAGGCCCUUGAGGCAGCUGUCUGUGAGCCUGCUGGCUUUUCAUGAGGAGGACUCACUAGUUCCUGCCACCUUAAUCUGAUUAGAGGGAGAAAAUCCUUCCCACCAUAUUCUAACAACGAGCUGGGUUCAGAACUGUAACAGUUACCAUUUGGCACUAAUGAGGUGGCCUGAUUAUCUACUGUGGCCCAAACAUUGGCUUUGGAGAUGCUUAGAGACCUAUCCAAGAGCAAUGGGAAGAAUGUUACAUGCAGGCACUUAGAAUAUAUUACGCUGCUGUUGGCUUGAUUUGGCUGAUGUUAGUUAAAAUGGCAGUCGCUGUUGGUUUUAAAAAAUAAAUAUGAGAAACAUUAAAAACAGCAAUCUUGUACUGCAGAGGUGUUCAAUCUUUUCGGUCCACGGCUCCCUUGACCAACUACAUUCUUUCUGCGGCACCCCUGUGGGGCUCAGGACCCCAGUUAUGUCACCCCUUGCCUGUAGAGCUGGCAGCUCCUUACCCCUUUUCAAACACUCUCCCUUGUGGAGUGUUCCCUCAGCCUCCUCUCUCUCCCCCUCCUUGAGAGUCCUUUGGACAGCUGUAGCUGCUGCCUCUGGUUUCUGAGUUGCCCCACCCCUGCCCCAAAGACAGGUGCCUCCUCCCACUGCUCCACAGGGGUCUGGGAAGCAACUUCUGACCAGCCCCAGAGGCACCAUUCUCCUGGGGAGCUUGUAGCCAGGGCUGCUGCAACAAACAGCUGAGCAAGCCUUGGGGAGGCAGCGAUGCAAGAGGGCAUCCGAGGAGGGAUGGAAGGAAAGAGGGAUCCAGGCCAAUGUUGCCCGCAGCACCCCUGACCAUCAUUCAAGGCACCCCAGGGUGCCACGAUGGACUGUUUGAAAACUACUGCUGCACUGUAAACUUUGUGAUACUGGAUCUUUGGAGACAUCCAUUUGUUCCUCUGUUAUCAUUAAUUCUGUGCCCCAGAUUAGUGGGUUUAUUUUAGCAUGCCCAGCUCAGAUUCUCUGCAAAAGAUGUUUCCUCACUGCAGAGAAGCAAUCAUGUUCAGGCUGUAGAACAUACACAUAGCCCCACCCCUCUGCACACAUCUGCACAUACACCAAGAUAUCCCUUUCAGUCCAUUGUAUGGACUGGAUAUCUUCCUAUGGGGUCUUAAGGGAGCAAUGUGUGUAAAGCAGGCAUAGGCAAACUCCAGCCCUCCAGAUGUUUGGGACUACAAUUCCCAUCAUCCCUGACCACUGGUCCUGUUAGCUAGGGAUGAUGGGAAUUGUAGUCCCGAACUCCUGGUGGGCCAGACUUUGCCUAUGCCUUUCAAAUGCAGUUGUGGCCUGCUUUCCAUAAAAACAAGACUUUGACUUUUUCUUGAACCAUAUGUGAAGAAAAGAGAUCUCAAACCAGAGUUGGAUUUUUCUUCUUCUAAACAGCUGGGUGCACAAUUACGUUUUCUGUUCAUCAGUUACAGCUGACUCCUUGUUCUUGGGCCUUCAUAUCAAACAAUAUCACAUCGCUUAUCACAGAAUCCCCUGCAAACAUUUGUUGCACUGUUCCUUGUUCUCUGUCCUCAUUCUGUAAAAUAUAUGUGCUUCUGUCUUGCGUUAUCUCCGCCCCACUCUGCUAUUCAUUCUUCUCAGAGAUGGAUCUCCCUUCCACCACAACCCUUGCUAAAGCUUUCUGGAUUGUCUAGGAAAGAGAACCACGGUGUACAGAUUGAUGGCAUCAUUUUUCCUCCUAGAAGGCAAUGGCUGCUAUGUUUUGAUAUAGAUGUGCUGACUGCUGCAUUGUGGGAGACGGAAUGGUAGCUGGCCAUCCUGGAAAGACUGUUCUCCCCCACCCAAACAAGUUGAAUAUAUGUUUUUAAAGGCACAGCAGGCAGCAAAAAGAGGCAGGCCUCCCAUCAAACUUUUUGGGGUGUUUCCCACCUCACCCCCCCCCAUUCUGACACCAAAUGUGCAUUGUUUAGGCAACAAAAUGCCUUUACCCAAACCAUUUUCACCCACUGCAAGUGCUGGUAGCUGGGGAGCAGCAAAGAGCUGAAUUUAGAACUGGUUUAAGAGGAGACGGGUUAGGUAAAAUAAGAAGCUCCUGGAUUAAAAGCAUACCGCAUUAUGUUAAAAUGCAACUUAAUCCCAAAGCUAGCGAUAUUUUCCAGACGGGGAAUGCUCUGCGUGAUGUGUGGCACAAGACCUUGUUUGGCAAGGAACAGAUAUUGGCUGCUACAGUGGAGAUGAAAUUGCUGCUGCCAAAGGGAGAGGGAGGAAAAAAACCACAGAAUUGGAUUGGGGGGGGGGUUGGUUGGUGCGUGUGUCUUUUAUGUAGCAAGCAGAGGGACAUUAGAACGAUGGAUUUAGCAGCUGGGUUGCAAGUUUUGUUUAUUUAGCUAAUUGUUUCAUUGAAACAAUUUGCAAGACUCUCCCAAAAUUAUCUUCAUCCUUCCCCAAGGCACAUAACUUUUAUUGCCUAUACAAGAGUGGAAUAGAGAGAAGGAAAAGGGUCACUGCAUGUCAAUUGGAGAUGAAGAGGUCACUUACUGUAAGUAGGAGCCUCACUUCAUCAGGGACACAUCACAACAUGCUUCAUGGGAACCCCCAUAAUAGCAUCUUGGGGUCAGGAAAUGUGCCAUGAAGUAAGCUAAGUAGCUUGUAUGCCAGGCAACCUUCCUUUUAUUAAAUCAGCUUAAGGUUGCAUAAUAUUCCAGUACUCUGGCCAAUCCAAGUGGCUUUGCUUCCAGGGCUAAUUGACAACUGAAUGUUUCAUUCUGGUGGCAUGGAAGCCAUCUUUGAAAGUGACCCAGCAGCACGGGGCUACAAGUACCUUCAGGAAAUGGGAAGUACAGUUUUCAAUAAGGGAGUAAGUCAUAAUACCUUUUUAGCAUUUCCCAGUCAGUCAUUGUUCAGUCGUAAGAGCUAUUAUUUUUUAUUAUUCCUGUGGCAUAAGUUAAGUUCUUCCUCCCCCCAUCAUUCUACCCUGUUCUAGCAAAAUGAUUUGCCUUUAAUUUAUUACAGUGGCACCUCGGGUUAAGAAUUUAAUUCGUUCUGGAGGUCCGUUCUUAACCCGAAACUGUUCUUAACCUGAGGUACUACUUUAGCUAAUGGGGCCUCCCGCUGCUGCUGCCACUGCGCGAUUUCUGUUCUCAUCCUGAAGCAAAGUUCUUAACCCGAGGUACCAUUUCAGGGUUAGUGGAGUCUGUAACCUGAAGCGUCUGUAAUCUGAAGUGUCUGUAACCCGAGGUACCACUGUAAUUUUUUUAAAAAUUGCAUCUCAUUCCCCCCCCCCAUUUGAAAGAAAAUUCUCCUGGUUAGCUAUCGAGUGUUGUUGGAGAUCUUGAUGGCUUUGUGACAUUUUUGUUGGUUGGAUUCUGCUAUUAAAGCUUAAAUAUCUUUUCUCUCUGUGUGUGAGCUUAAUCUGUUCGUUAGAAGGAUUUGUGCCAAGUAGAUUCAUUAGUCAAAUCUUUCUCAACUUACUGCAAGUGGGGAUUAACGGUUUUGCUGGCUCUGGAGUGCAACUUCCCCUCCAACCUUACUUGUGUGACCUCCACUUUACCCCCUUUAUGUAGCGCAAAGUUUUCCCUUACCUUGGAGUGAUGAAUUGCCCCCGUGAAACAACACGUGAAGCUUUUCACAGGUCUGAAUAUCUUUGCACAGAUGUAAUUCGCUCAGGACUAAGCUACACAUUACAUAAAUUGUGUGGCUCAAAGCCAUACCGUGGGAUAUGUUUUUUUUAAAUAAAAACAUUAACCUAGGUGCAACCCCCUCCAAUUUUCAUUGGGACCAUAGAAAGAGGGCAGGUUUAUCUCCUCCCCCUCCAGUCACAAACCUGAUGAAAGUCCUGCUCCCCACUGGUGCCAAUGCAGUUAGCUUUCCCCCCUAAAUCCAACUGCUGUGUUUUGAAGUGAGGGGAAAUUUUCAUCAAGGUCCACACCCCACCCCACCCCCAGGAUCACAGUUGGGAAGGAAAGGGGUAAAGCUCACGUCCACAUAUGCUACUCUUUCUAGGAAAAUUGGGCCCUAAACCGAGCAGCUAGACUGGUGACCAUAUAACACUGAUCCUGAAAGACCUACAUUGGCUCCCAGUAUGUUUCUGAGCACAAUUCAAAGUGUUGGUGCUGACCUUUAAAGCCCUAAACGGUCUUGGCCCAGUAUACUUGAAGGAGCAUCUCCACCCCCAUCGUUCAGCCCGGACACUGAGGUCUAGCUCCAGGGGCCUUCUGGUGGUUCCCUCACUGUGAAAACUGAGGAAUCAGGGAACCAGGCAGAGGGCCUUCUUGGUGGUGGUGCCCACCCUGUGGAACGCCCUCCCACCAGGUGUCAAGGAAAUAAACAACUAUCUGGCUUUUAGAAGACAUCUGAAGGCAGUCCUGUUCAGGGAGGUUUUUGUUUGAUGUUUUAUCAUGUUUUUAACAGUUAACGUAAUUUGCAUUUUGAUGCUUGGUUGCACUGUUUUCAGAGGUACUGUUUUCUCCCUUGUUUCACCUGCUCAAUGCUCAGCCCAGACCUGGUGGGAUCUGGUGCAGAGGGGGACUUGAUGGGACCCACUGCAGUUUCCAGACAGUCCUUGUCAAAAUCAGGACCCCAAAUGGCCAGUAACCCCCAGAUAAUGCUAGAUCACAUCUGGGGUAGUAUUUGGCAGUACCCUCAACCAUUUUUUAAAAAACAAAAACAAAAAACAACCCUCCAUAUUUAUUCUAUGCCAUUGUUUUAACCAUUUGCCCUUGUCAUGGUUCCAAGCAAUAUCUGGCUUCCAACUUGCUGUUUUGCAAGAGGAAACUUAAACAUGGUUAAUAAGAAAGCCAGUUCAAACCAAGCUUGUCCUGCUUUGAAGGCAAUCUGUAAUCAUGAUUUAGGUAGUUAAUCUAUAUGUUAAGCGUUGUUUCUCAGUGGAACCUGAUUAGAAACAUAUUUUCAGAACAGAUGGACGGUGCCCAUGAUGAUGGUGGAGUUAAUAACAUUGGUGUGUCCUUCUGAUGAAUGUCUCUUAGAGACCUUCUUAAUGUCCCUCUUUCCGUGUGUCCAUUGCACCGAUCCUGCUUACCCAACACCUACAUGCCAUGUGAGGAUUUUGACUAAUGCAGAGACCCAUCAGUGGUAUGACUUCAUUCCUUGAGGACCACCUGCAAGUUCCAGUCCUUGCCUCCGAAACGAAACUUCCUUUUGGUCCUUGGCAGACUACAAUCUUAGGAGACUCACUGGUGGUUCUCUGUCCACCUCUUUGUGUGUAGAUCAAUUUGUUUCUCUCUCAUGUUGCUGAAACCGUGACUCAGAAUUAGAAUGAGAAAGGGCUUUCCCUUGCUUUUGAGAAACCUCACUUCCGUUGUCAGGAGCUUGGAAGCGUUGGAUGCACAAACUGUCUCAAAAGCCCCAAGAGUGAUGUUUCCACGCCAUCUGUUUCCAUGCUGUCUGGCCCUUUUAAAAAUAAAAGUUUUAAAAAAGCUUGAACGGAGCAGUUCUUUGUUACACGCAGAUGUUGCCUUGCUACCUGCGUCUACAUAUAGCAGCAGAUAUAUUACGGUAAAUCUCCCCUCCAAGCAGUAAAAAAUCUCAUCUGGGUGGAAUAGGAACAAGUGUACAACUUGUUGCUGCCAGCACAAACAGCUCUGCUCUUCCACUUAGAGCUGGCUUGACCACACUCCAGAACACUUUGCGAUCUCUCUCUCUCUGCGCGUAACUAUCUCUCCCAUUAACUGGGAGAAGAAUAGGCAUAGAUUGGUUUCGCCCAUCCAACUCCGCUUCAGGCUGAAUUCAGAUGGUGUGCAUGUACAGCAAAUGACUUAACCCCUUGGAGAGGUGAGGAAAGAAAUUUGCUUAACAAUUCUGAGCAAGACAGAGUUCUUCCACUUGGCAGUUGACUUGUGUUUGCUUUGCUUAAUGUUUAAAGGCACAUAGUUUUGCACUCUCUCUCUCCUGUCUUCCCUCUCAUUCAGUCCUCAUUCUUUCCCCCUUUCCUUGGCUUGGGCUGAGGCCAACCCAUUUUCUUGAGGUUUUGUUUGUGAGCUGCCAAAGUCAUGCUGAAGCCACUUCAGGUCAGCUCUGCCUGGUUCAGAGACGAGCUGGCAUGCUCACUGCUAGUGAAAUAUUUGGUAGUGACAUUCCCGCUCCACAUACAGACAAUAAAUUUGUAUCUCAAAGGCAAGGAGGUUGCUCGUAUGCUUUUUCUGCUAAUAGUUAUUACUGAUUGUAGCCAGACUCAUUGUGCUAACGCUUUCUAUUGCUAAGUAUCUUAACUCUCUCUCUAUAACUAUGUGCAAGGGGUAGGCAAUGCGAUGCCCUUCUGAUGUUGCUAGACUACAACUCUUCUCUUCCCGGACAAUUUGCCAUAUGGCUGGGGCUGAUGGGAACUGGAGUUUGACAAAAAUCUGCUGCAGGGUAGCUACUGAAGGAUUCACAUGCCUUAGGAACUGCUUCCAGCCUAUCUUCUGCUGUAGCCUCCAACCCUAACCCAGAAAGAUGUCAGCAGAGCUGUCAACUACCCGCAUGCUGCUUUAAGGCGCACCUGUUAGCAUCUAGGUACAGACAGCAGUUGGCUGCUUAAUGCCAGCUUUGUCAUUACUAGUCCUUUGGAGGAAGAAGAGAUGGAGAGUCUACAUUCCGUCCCUCCCUCCAAAUCACAAUUGGUCCUGUCUCAGCCGAUACAGCUGGCCAUCUGCUCGGAGUUGCACACACAGUUCCCAGUCCAGUGCCAGGAACAGUUUUUGCAGGAACAGUGUGUGCAGUCCCAGUUUCUGAUGCAGUGAUCCAGCAGUGGGACUCAUGCACCCUUUUUGUCCAUGCAUUUUCCAUUCUAGGAAGCAAGGAGUGCAUAUGCAUCAUCUUCUCUAGAUCUGUGCAUCUGUAUUAUUAUUUGUGCAUCUGUAUUAUUAUUAUUCAAGGGACGCGGGUGGCGCUGUGGGUAAAACCUCAGCGCCUAGGGCUUGCCGAUCGCAUGGUCGGCGGUUAGAAUCCCUGCGGCGGGGUGAGCUCCCGUCUUUCGGUGCCAGCUCCUGCCCACCUAGCAGUUUGAAAGCACCCCUAAGUGCAAGUAGAUAAAUAGGUACCACUUUAUAGCGGGAAGGUAAACGGCGGUUCCGUGUGCUGCGCAUGGUCUGGCUCGCCAGAGCAGCUUCGUCACGCUGGCCACGUGACCUGGAAGUGUCUCCGGACAGCGCUGGCCCCCGGCCUCUUAAGUGAGAUGGGCGCACAACCCUAGAGUCGGACACGACUGGCCCGUACGGGCAGGGGUACCUUUACAUUAUUAUUAUUAUUAUUAUUAUUAUUAUUAUACCCCAGCCACUCUGGACAGCUUACAGAAUUGUACCGAGGUAGUGGUUGUUACACCAUUUAUGUACUCAGAGGCACUUCCUUUGAUAUGGGUGAGUUUGGCUAAGGUAGCAUAGGAAAUGGAGCCCUUCCUAGGUUUGGAAGACCUUGCAGCAAGAGGACUGCUAGAGCCUGAACUUUAUUCUAGAUUUUUUUAUAUUGAUACGUACUGAGGGGGUGUGGAAGAUUGUGGUUCUGGGUUUCCGCUUUGUGAAUACUUUUUCAGCCAUCAAAAUGCGUCCAGUUCACAUAUUUAUUCAUAGUUUGGGAAAUUAUGAUAGUGUACAGGGAAAAUAUCUCUGUCUCAGAUACUUGGAAAAUAUUUAAAUCAUCUUGUUUGCUUGCUGGUUAUUAAUCGUGACUCCUUUCCCAAAAAUGGAAAACCCCAUUUCUGUUUUACAUAUGAUAUGGUAGUAAAUAAUGAUAUCAUGUAGUCUUGGAAGGAAAAAAACCCUACUAAAUUGGGCCAGUUUAGAACUCUCUGUUGUCUGUUUGCAUUUAGACAGCUAAGGGAACAGACUGGGAGGAGGUCCUACAGGGCAUGUGUUUUACCUCAGUGUUGUCUAAGGAGGGCCUAAUCUGUGCUCAGCAACUGAAGUGUAGGCUUCAUUUGCCCAGUGUGUGUUGCUUGCCCCUCUGCCAUGGUUGUAGGCCCCAGAACAUUUUUAAGGCCAGUAGUGGUGAAAGGGGAUGGGGGUUUGAGGAGUUCACAUGGAAACAUUUUAUGGGGUGGGUGGAUUAGCCAGCAUUACUGUAGGAGCAACUGAUCUGUGCCCCUCUGUGUGGCAAAGAGUAGGGCAAUAGGGUAAUAAUUGAUGUAGGGAAAUAAUUUGCAUACAUGUGUGUGAGAAGAGAGGGAAAGAUUUAGCCUCUUUCUCAUCCGCUCCACCAAUGAUGGGGUUGAGGAGUGGUUCGGGAACCUGAUUCAUGUUCCUUUCAACUUUUCCCUCCAAAACGACUAGUAGACAUCCAGUUUCUCUGUGAGGUGCAAAUGUGUCCGGAUGUGAACAUUUUCCUUUUAGCUGGAUGAAUUCCACCCACUCUUUGGCCAUUCGUUUGAAUCUGCUGAAUGUUUGCAGGAUGUUUCAUGGCUGAUGAACUCCUAGUGGGAAAUCCAGCUGUUCUCAGUUCCACUGGGUGAUAUCAUCACCACCAUCUAGCCUUCUGUCUUUAUUUGAACAUUUUGUUUAUUCAAGAUUGGUCUUUUAUGGUAGAAGAAGAUGUUCCUUCAGCACCUGGCACUGUAGCUGAGGGGCAGAACAGGAAAAGAGGGGAAAUUAUUAGCAAAGUUUACACGUUGCUACUGAGAAUAUUUCCCCCCCAAUGUAUUUGUUUGUUAAAUAUUUAUCUCCUGCUACAUCUCGACUUCCUUUUCUGUAGAAGACUGCAAUGCCUCCUGUAAUCUUUCAGAAACAUUUUCAUGGGUGUUUUGAGAUAGGCAACAAGGGAAUGAAGUCUAGCACAGGGAGGGCUAAUCUUUAUUGCACAAAUUCUUAAUGCAAGGGGAGUCGGGGCAAGUUCUCUUUCAACUCGGGAGUAGCCAAUGUGUUGUCCUCCAGACAUCAGCCCUGACCAUUGACCAUGCUGGAUGGGUCUGGUCAGAGCUGGAAUCCAACAAUCUUUGGGGAGGGCACAGCCUUGACUAUCUCUGCUCUAAUAUAACAGGUUUUCCCUCUUCCAGUGAUGUUAAUGGAAGGUUAUUCUCACCUUUCUCCCUUCGCAAUUCCCACAGCGCAUGCUAGGUUCCUGCUUACAAAUGGAGGACUCCUAUAGAGACAUACUAAAUGUGUAUCAGGUCAGGGAAGAAGAGGCAGGGAGGGCAGUGAAAGAAGCAGAAAGAGGAAAAAGCUUUGGUGAGACGGCGUACAAGUCAUUCCGUGUUUAUUCAGCAUUUGAUCCAGGAUCCAUGGCAGGAAUUUGUUUGCAUGUGUGUGAGUGUGAAAAGUGGAAAGAUGUAAACCACCACAUAAGUUUCUAUUGGAAGGUGAUACAAAAAUUUGUGUUUGUGUAAGUAAAUGAAUAAAGACUGGGCCCUAUUUGUAUCUCAUAGGCAUAAAAUGUUUCUUGGAUAAUAUUUUCACAAUGCGCCCUUUAUUUGCAUCAGUGUGUCCCAAGCUUGUGUCUCCAGCUGCUUUUGGACUACAAUUCCCAUCAUCCUCAAUCACUGGUCUUGCUAGCUAGGGGUGAUGGGAGCUGUAGGCCAGAAACAGCUGGAGACCUAAGCUUGGGAAACACUGGUCUACAUUACCCUUUCUGCUGUGCAAGAUGCCACUUUGCGUGACACCAUUGGUGGAUAAGCCAUUAUUAUUAUUAUUAUGAGUAGUAGUAGAAAUAAAUUUAUAACCUGCCCUUCUUCCCACACGAGCCCAUUAUAGGGUGAUUUCUUUAUUGGUAUUUAUGUGCCAAAGCAGCCUUAUGUGUCUUUGCGUAGCAAGAUACCAAGCUACCGUGUCCUGAGAGGGAAACACGCUUAAUAUCUUUUCAGCCUAGGGUGGCCUCUUUGCUGCUGCUUCAUUUGUUCUAUUAGUUUCUCUCACAAAGGCCCCAGUCACCCUCCUUGCAACUAGAUUCAGACCAAGGGAAACCAGGUCAAAACAGCAACUCCUCUUGAAGUCCUCAGGUAGAAAUGGGGGUUACUUUCUACAAAAGUAGAGCUGAGGUUGUAAGUAAUAAUCACUGUGCUGCUUUGAGGAUGAACAAGGUGAGGGUUGAACCAUGCUUCAUACUCAGAACGUGAUGCAUACUUUUUAACCUGUGGCUUUUUUUUGGUAUUCCCUCCCCCUCCCCCUGGCUCCCUAGGUAGAUGAAAUUUACCACGAUGAAUCAUUGGGGGUCCACAUCAACAUUGUGCUGGUUAGAAUGAUCAUGGUGGGAUACAGACAGGUAAGUUAAUAGUAGCUUUUCUUUCUAAUGUAAUAUAUGUGCAGGCCUGUGCUUUAGGCAGAGGAAGUAAGACGUUUGCAAACCAGUUUACAUGGUUUUUCUGUACUAGCUGUUCUCUAAUUGGCCAAGUGUUAACAUCCCUCAUGCCAGAAAUAAUGGGUGCUGAACCUUUGGCCAUACAGGUGUUAUUGGACUGCAGUACCCAUCAGCUUCAUCCAGCAUGGCCAGUGGUCAAGGAUGAUGGGAGAUGUAGUCCAACAACUUCUGGAGGGCCAAAGUUUCCCUAGUCCUGCUCUGCUGGGUGGAUUAUAAGAGACUGUGGGCAUUGGGGAGGUGGUAGAGAGAGGGCAGUAGAGAGAACAACAACAGAUUUAAUGGAAAUCUGUACUUUCAGAGAACUGGCAUGAUGUAGCCUUGGGGGAACUUAUCACUUCAGGCCACAUAUAGGAGAUCUAAUGUGUUGGCUGUUAUCCAUAUUCUUAAAAAUAAAAAGUAGAGGAGAAGACUGAGCAAACGUAGGGCUCAGAUGCUAGGGAAAGGCUUGAUAAAUGUGGAGAUUGCUUGUCAGUCUUUUAACUGAUCUCCUUCAUUUUCUGUUCAUCCAUCUAAGUCAAGGUUGGGCAGUCCUUUUUAGGCCAAGGGCUGCAUAGAUGGUCAGCCCCCUCUUUGAGGGUCAUAUGGGUGUGGCCAAUGCAUACUUGCACAUGAGUUCAUGCGUGUGCACAUGCACACUCGUGCACAUGCACACACAUCUGCUCACUUGUUCACUCAUCACACCUACAGGCCACCUACAGCACACGCAUCACCCAUGAAGAACUCAAAACACACACACAUCAUAUUUGCAGCUGAGGGCUUUCCUGAGUAAAAAGCAGUUACUGCCCCUCUGCACUGCAGCCCUGGAAUGACGAUGGUCAGUUGCUUUUUGGUCGUCACGGGCUGAUAGUUUUUAUCUCCCCAUCUCAGCUUCGAGAGCUAUAGCACUGACGUUGAGAGAUAAUGCUGUGGCUUCCAGGAUUCGGCCCACAGGAUAGCUGCCUAAAUGUUAUAGGGAGUUGUCUCCACGGAACAGCAUGUUUUGAGUUGUUUUACGGGCUUUUGUCACUCAGAAGAAUGCCUUUUUAGGUUUCCAUUUAUUUUUGAGCUGCUGACUCAUUAUGAGAAGGCAAAUUUCUAAUCAGCUGCAAGCCUCAUGCCAUAUUUCUGACUCAAGAGUAUGAUUUUUGAACUAGAGUUUCUGAAACAGACUUUAUAAAGCCCCACUUUAAAUUCUGGCCAGGCUCACUCAUCCUGAAUGAAUUUCUCAUUUCCUCAUUUCCUGUAGUCGAUUAGUUUAAUAGAGCGAGGGAACCCGUCUCGGAGCCUGGAGCAGGUCUGCCGCUGGGCCCAUUCUCAGCAGCGCUCGGACCCAGAACACGCAGAAUACCACGACCAUGCCGUGUUCCUCACCAGGCAAGACUUUGGUCCCGCAGGUAUGCAAGGUACUGUAUUUAUCUCGAUCAGGUAUGUGCAGUUUGGUGGACACAGGAGAGAGCCUUCCAGUUCAAAAGCAUUGUCUGAUGACCUUCUGAAGAGCUUUUCCUUUACUGAUUGCCCUUAAAGUUUUUAAAAAGGCUUACGAAAGUUGGGAUUUUAAGAGGAAAGAUGGAAGACAGACAUAUGUAUAGUUCAUCCUUUUGAAUUGUUUCUGCAUGUUUCCAUGCAUGCAUAGAGGUGGCGCUAAUUCACACUUGCACCAUUCUCUAACCAACUGAGCUAAAUGCAACCCCUUAGUUAUGCAGUGUGACCUCCUGGGUGCUUGAUUAACCCCUUGCCACCCAAUUUUUGUAUUCUGGGUCAGGGAUCAAAAGUGGGUUUAUUGAGCCUCUAUUGGCUAUUGGAUUUUACAUGACGUGGCUGGUGACAAGCUGCACCCGUCUGCACUACAUUCAAGAAUUUAGAACAACAAGCUCAAGCUGCAGUCUUAAGAGAGCACUUAAAGGAAGGGCAGAGCAGCAAACUAUAUCUGCAAAGAGGUUUCCAAAAUCACGUGAAUGGAGAGCCUGGAAUUGAAUGGGGGGGGGGGCUUGCAGAGGAGGAGCCCCAGAGGGGAUGCUUCAUCCAUUUUUUGUGACUGCCAUUCCAGAGUUCUUCUCUGGCAGUGCCACUCCCACAAGUUGGUCUGCUCCGCAUUCUGGUCCUGGAGUCUGUCUUAUAGGUGUGGGAGGGGGAAUAGUGUUUUUUUUAAUGGGGGAUUUCAAGGAGGAAACUGGUGGUUGAGGAAGGGGAUUACUUCCCUUGCAGUUUCUCCUCUACAAAUUCAAUCUGCCCUGCAUUGGCAUGAUGAGAGGUAGGUGUGUUGGGAAGCUCAUUUGCUCCCUUCUAACAUGUGGCUAUGCCCUAGAGCAGGCAUAGGCAAAAUCGGCCCUCCAGAUGUUUUUGGCCUACAACUCGCAUGAUCCCUAGCUAGCAGGACCAGUGGUCAGGGAUGAUGGGAAUUGUAGUCCCAAAACAUCUAGAGGGCCGAUUUUGUCUAUGCCUGCCCUAGAGGGUGGAGGGAAAAGGGGAAGGAUUUUGCACACAAAACACAUCAUUCGGUUUGAUAAGAGUUCAGCGUGUGAUUUCCAAAUUCUAGGUUCCUGUAAGGCAAGGUAAAACUAUAGACUGUUUUAACUCCAUGCCUUUGUAUUUGUGCUUGUGCAAUCUGAGAUAUUUUUUUUUUGGAGAAGAAAAAUAAUUUGGAAUAGCAAAGCGACUGAAACUUGGCCUAAAAAUAUGUGUUCAUAUUUGGCUGGUGUUUUUGCUGUAAGCAAAAGAAGUGAGGUAUUUGAAAAGAAUCUUAAGUAUUAGCCUAUGUUGCUGCUUUCCCCGUCCCAAGAACAAAGUUUCUGCAACUGUGACAAGUCAACAUUUGUUCCUUGUCUGCAAUGCGUUUGAGUCCAGUAAACAUCACCUAACUUGGACUUCUAACUCUCCUGUCUUUGGAGGAACAACUUCUUCCACAGAAGUUCUUACUCAUUGAAGGGUUUAUUUUAGUUCCUUCAAGAAGACUAUUAAAUUCAGUUGGAUCCAAUUCAGAUGGUUGUUUGAGAAAUAGACUUUAAGAAAUAGAGGAAAUUGCAAUUAGUUCACUGUGUCCGUUGCAGUCUUUAUCUUCAGGUUCAUUAACAUUUAGCAUGAGCGAACUCCAAAACAUUAGAACGAUAAAAUUAAUGAAUCAAAAUGAAUCGAGUUAUGCUCAGAUCUUAAAAAGCAUUCCGACAAAAUAAUUUCCAACAACCAACGGUUGCCUUUCAAGUGUUUUAAGCGGAAUUCACGAAUGCGAAUAUUUUUAAAAAUAAAUUCUACAGUGUUACAUCUUCCCCUCGAAAUUUAUAUGAAGGCAGGUCUUUGUUUUGUCAUCAUGAAAUAUAACUGAAUAGUGAUUAGAAAAUGAUCCUUUAGAUGCACUUUGUCUCAAAUCCUUAUUUGCAGUGGAAAUGACCUUGGAGUUCUGUGUCAAGGUUGUUGUGAUGUCAAACCUCUGAAAUUGAAACUACUGUUCCAUAUUAGAAGUACCCAACUGGCAACCAGUACCACCCACAUAGAAUUAUAGGGCUGAAAGGGACCUUAAAAGUCACGAAGUGCAACCCCGUGUUCAGUGCAGGAUAGCCAAAGCUGAAGCAUUCCUCCUUACUCCUCCUGUACAUCUCCCACACAGGAUUUUGGGAUAUUUUGCAAGUUGCUUUGCUAGGGCCACUUCUGCUUUCAUAAUAAAAUAGUUGCCUGCCAAAUUGCAGAGAGGCUAAUGAACCCCUUUUAGUUCUCCCUCUCCAAUCCGCUUAAAAGGCAAAUAGUAAAGGUAAAGGGACCCCGACCAUUAGGUCCAGUCGUGACCGACUCGAGGGUUGUGGCACUCAUCUCGCUUUAUUGGCUGAGGGAGCCGGCGUACAGCUUCUGGGUCAUGUGACCAGUAUGACUAAGCCGCUUCGGGCGAACCAGAGCAGUGCACGGAAACGCCGUUUACCUUCCAGCCAGAGCGGUACCUAUUGAUCUACUUGCACUUUGACGUGCUUUCGAACUGCUAGGUUGGCAGGAGCAGGGACCGAGCAACAGGAGCUCACCCUGUCGCGGGGAUUCGAACUGCCGACCUUCUGAUCGGCAAGCCCUAGGCUCUGUGGUUUAACCCACAGCACCACCCACGUCCCUUAAAAAGGCAAAUAAACCUAGACUAAUUGGUCUGUAAUCUGACAGGCUUCAUUCACUUCUGUCUAAGGGGGGGCGGAGUUAGAGCUAUUUGGGGCAAUAUGGUAGGACAUGCUUUUAGAUGAGAAAGCCCAGGGGAUGUACAUGGUUUUCAAUAAAACGCUUUCCUAAGCAUGACAGCUAUUGUUGUGAUGGAGAGUGUGAGGGAUUCUUAAAUGAGAGUGUGACUUAUAUUUUCCUCUUAUAUUUUCCUCUCGUUUUAUUACCCUUAGUACAGUUCCACCCAACUGUUUAGUUUAUAAAUACAUUUCAGCAUGGUCACAUUUGCACUUAUAAAGCCCGGUGCCUCAUUCAUUCAUUUUAAUUCUUCUGCUUCCGCUGGGUAUCUCUGGAAUGAACACCAUGAGAAGAUCUCGCCCAGCGCACUGAGGUCAGGGCAAGUCUCAAGCUACUUGGGGAUGGGGUGGACGGGUGGACGCAGCAACUCCAUAAUGUUUCGGCUCAGCACAGGGAUACAAGCCAAGAGAGGUAGUCAGCAAAACUGAAACGGUAAUUAAAGUGCGCACGCUGGUGGCCCGCCUUCUCAAAAGGGGUCUAACGUUGAUCCUGCUAAAACCAUUUGCUUUAAUGGAAGCUGCUCUGGGCCUUUAAACCCAAUAGCUAUGCAGUGCAUUGUAAACGAAAGAUCAAAGUUACAAAGGUGGCCAUUCAUGACUUUGGCAGGGGUCCCUGACUUUCCAGUUCCAUUUGGCAAGCGUGCCUGCUUUAAAAUGCUGAGGCCUCUGUUUGUGCAGAAAGUAGUGCUCGGGGUUGUGUGUGGUAGUUUGCUUUUUUUAAAAAUCAUGGGAAAGAGACAUUUCUGCCCCCACCCUUCCAUAGCUGUUUAUGUGAAGUUUCUAUGGCAAAAGUAGUUUGAUAACAGCCACCCUGUGGAAGUGUUUUGUGUUGGUUUUGUGUUGUUGUUUUUUGCAUGCCGCAGUGGAAAUCAUAGAUUCAUAGAAUAUUAUAACUGUAGCAUUGGAAGGAACCCCAAGGGUCAUCUAGUCCAGCCCCUGCAAUGCAGGAAACUUUUUGCCCAACUUGAGCAUCAACUCCACAACCCUGAGAUUUAAGAGUCUCAUGCUUGACCAGCGUUGCUAAAUGUUAUAAUUGGAUCAUAUCAAUGCUCUGCAUUGCGCCGGUGCUAUUCCUUUUGUCUCCAUUCUGCAUUGAAUCUAUUUAUGGGGAUAAUAGCCCACUUGACACGGGGUUGGGCAGGAAAAAAAGGUAUAAAUUCUCCUCCUGCCUCCAGAAAGAAACAGGACAAAAGUGAAUGGCGGUGCUACCUGAAAGCACAAUCUGAUUGGUCAAGGAGCAUUGCCAUUAAACCAUGGAAAGAGUGAGGAAUGUAAAGUGUCACACACACACACAGAGAUAUGUUAAAUUCAGUCCUUGGCAAUAGAAGCCGAGAUGACUUCACUGGAAAUGAAGUCUGUACCCUGCUGGCUGCUCUCCAAACCCUUGGCCAGCUGAGGUAUGUGGCAAAGUCUUUUUGGUUUCUGCUUCUUCCUUGGUAGUGUUUAUUUCACCCUCUUUGUGCUGUAGAACAGCUGGCAUUUCUGUUGAGUUUUUCCUGUCUCUUGACUAUGUGAUCCAGUGCAGAAUAAGAGGAUAAUGGCUUGCCACUGAUUAUUAAUAUUUUUUUAAAAAAGCACAGAUUCUGUGAAUGUAGCUGUUGCCUCUUGAGAGAAGCUGUAACAUCACUAAAUGAGAGUCAAACCACUUUCCUCAGGGGGCAGCAAAUUUCAGGAUUGUGGGAUCUAUUCUUAAACAAAACAAAACAAAACAAAACAAAACAAAACAAAACAAAACAAAACACCAGAGCUCCCAAAUCUACCUGUCUGAGGCAUUUGCAAGAUUGUUGUUUGGGAUGGAGCCAGUCACAUAAAGAGCUGUGGGAAAGAGAAUUAAAUGCCUGUAUUCAACAUCUCAAAAGUAUCUAAAUGGAGAAAAAUCUGUAUCGAGGACAUAAUUUUUAUAGCUAUUUUUUAAAAAAUGAACAAAUAAACUUAGCAGCACCACUGCAUGCCAUGCCAUAUACAAAUAAUGCACUGCACAAUAAACAUCUAAGCCAGAGACAGAGAACCUGUGGCUUUACAUUUGCUGCUGGCCUGAUCACUGGGCAUGUUGACUGGGGCUAUGAGAGGAGUUUGAAGCCCAGCAACAGCCAGGAGGAGAAUCGCAGCCCUCACCACUCCGAUCUAACCAGUCACUAGGUGCUAAAUUCCAGGAACUGGACCUUAUGGCAUUUGAUGACAGAUCUAUUGAGAGUUUGACCCUAUUUCCCACUAGCCUAUUUCAGGGAUGGCUGGUGUACAAGCCUAAAGAUCCACAGAAUCGUCGUACGGCUAUGAGGUGCAUAUCACUUUACCUCUGACUCUGCUGCUUGCUAAUAGUCCCCAUUGCAAGCCUGCACAACCUGUGGCUCGUCAAACCAAAGGCAGCUCAUGGUCAUACAUUUAAAGUGGCCCACCGGAGAGUCAACCAACGCCCUGCUUUUGCUACCUGCCUCAGGCUGCAGAAACAGGCCUUGUCAAGCAUGGGGAAGGCCCCCACAGCACAUCCUUAGUGGGCUGCAUUUGCCUUGGCAUUUAGUUUCUGUUAGUUUGUCUGAAUGCUUUCCCUGCUGUGUCAUUGCCACAAUGCCGAUCGGGAAUGUAUGUGGUGGUGGGUAAAUUACUGUAUGUGUGCGUGCUGAGAUUUAAAACAAUUUUUGCGUUAGUUAAUGAAUUUUUGGAAACAGAUUGGUAUAGAAAUAUCGGGAAUUGUGCGUAGGAAGGUGGGAAUAUCUAAAUUAAUGGUUUUUAUUAGUCUAAGUAGCACCGAGUUAAAAACAAAAGAGGAAUGUAAAUGGGUAAAACUGAUGGUAACUGCAGUCAGACAGGUUAUAGCAAGUAAUUGGAAAAAUGCAGAAGAGCUAGGGGUGAACCAAUGGAGGAAAAAACUGAAUAAUAUUACAAUUUUAGAAUAUCUAACUGUGAAGAUACACAGAAUGAAAGGGUUUAAGGUUAGUGAGAAAGAGGAGGAUUGGUUUGAGAAGAUAUUGGAUUAUUUGCGUAGGUUUGAACAAUUUGGGGGAAUUAAAAUGUUGAAAUUUAAAUAAACCUUGUGGAUGGAGGAGUGUUAACGUAUAUAAAAUUGUACAUAUGGUUGAUUUGAAUAUGUUAUUAUUGAUUAUGUAUACCCAAUGUAUCAGCUGCCUGGGGGCUUUCACUGUUUGUGUUUUGGUUGUUGGUAAAAAAUAAAAAUGUUAAACAUUUUUAAAAAAACAACAAUUUUUGAUUUUAGGACCUUCCAAGCAUAUAUGCUUUCAUGAGAUCUGAGUGGCGGAACAUCCUAAAAUGAUUCAUUUGCAUUCCCAGUGAAGCUCACCUCCCUCCAGAGAGAGCUGGGUGUGAAAUUUGAUGGAAACAGCUCUAGUACUUGAUUCCCCCCCAUCCUACAUGCCCCCCAUCCCUGCCGUGGUUCGUUUCCUCUCCCUUAUUCCUCUGCUUUGUUCCAGGAUAUGCUCCUGUCACAGGCAUGUGUCACCCUCUGCGCAGUUGCACCCUCAAUCACGAAGAUGGCUUCUCGUCGGCAUUUGUGGUGGCUCAUGAGACUGGACAUGUGUAAGUCGUCGGGGCAGGUUUCUCACUGGUAUCUCUGCAGUGAUUGAUGCCUGGGUGCCCUUUGUUUCAGCUGCUCUUAAAAGUUUGCUGGCUUAAUGAUAAAUUUUAAUGCCAUGCUCUGGGCAGAAACAUCCCCCGCAUCUUUUGGUGUUGAUUCUCCGACGAGUCUUUCAACCUUCCCUUUUUGGGUAAGGUUGUGGAAGUGCUCAUCAUCCUGCAGCCUCGUUAGAGGACAUUAGAUAGCCUGGGCCUGGGCCAGCCAAUUGCUGGCAAGGUAAGGGAAAUGGUACACUCCUGAUCCCCGGAGACCAUUCAGUAGCUUCUAAUGCCACUGACACUGAUGGCUGAUGACUCAGCUAUGGAACCUGAUAGGCCCUUGUGGAACUCAUUCCUGUAAGGGUAAUCACAGAGAGAACUCAUGAGAUAUCAUCCACCAUAUGGUCAGAAGGUCUCUCUAUGGACUUCUGCAAAUUCUGGUCACAAGUCCAGUUCAGCGCAUAUAUUUGUGCUACUGCAAACAUGGUGUUGAGUGAGGUGCUCCCAUGUUGUUAUUUAAUUUCUGUGACCUAGAAAGGUGUGGGUCACUUUGAUGAGGGACACUGGCUCCCACCAGGUCUGUUUCUAGCCAUGGGAGCAAGGGGGGUGGGUGGGUUGGAAGUGGUAAGUAAGUCGGAGCAGUUUUAACAUAGUUAGGAUUGCUUUAACGUCAGUUUUGUACAUGUGGCAAAUAAACAAAUAGGAACUGAAGCAGUGGCACUCAAACUUCUGCUGUUCCAUUAUUCACUGUUUCAUAUACCUUAGUGCUUGGGAACACCACUUACAGACUUUUUAAACAGGUUAGGUAUGGAACACGAUGGCCAAGGUAACCGAUGUGCCGAUGAAACCAGCAUGGGAAGCAUUAUGGCGCCACUGGUGCAAGCUGCCUUCCACCGUUACCACUGGUCGCGAUGCAGCAAGCAAGAGCUGAACCGAUACAUACAGUAGGUCUACGUUGUUGUUGUUGUUGUUGUUGUCGUUGUCGCCGUCGUCAUGGGCUCUUAAGCUAUUCUGAAGUUUUGUUUUUGUCUUCUAUUGAGAGAAUGAAUGGGUGAGGAGGGAUGCACACUGAAUGAACAGAUAUUGAUAAUUCCGUGUUGAAUUAAGACGGUGAAAUCCAGUCUAGAAUGCCCAGCUGUUUAGGAGAACAAGGACCUGUGGGGUAUCUGAAGAAAAAUGCUAAAGUGGCAAGGAACCUAAUAACUUUGAGCUUUCUUUAUUGUCUUGCGUUGCAGUUCUUACGACUGCCUCUUGGACGACCCUUUUGAGCACAACUGGCCUAAGUUGCCUGAGCUGCCAGGAAUCAAUUACUCCAUGGAUGAGCAAUGCCGCUUUGACUUUGGUGUGGGCUACAAAACAUGCACAGCUGUGAGUAUAGGAACCCUGUUGGUAGGCGGUCUGCUGCUACUUUCCCAAUCCUGCUCUUGUGUAAAUGAAAGGGAUGUCCCACAUACCUGCUUUUGGGCUGCCGUGUGGCCCCUGGAAAGUUGGCCUUGGGUGAAUAAAGGGUUAGGCCACCCCUGUGAUAAAUAAAUCAUAGUUCAUGGUUUACCAUGUUUUGCCCCAGCUUCACUUCUCCCCUAACAAGUGAAGAAGCAACACUCUGCAACCUCUGGCUUAGUAGCAUUAGCCUCCAAACAAACCACGAUUGGUAAGCCAAGAACAAAACCUUGGAUUCUCAUUGAAAGUUGUUUGGACAUAAAGCUAAGCCAGAGAUUGUCAUUUGUUGCUCCUUCUGCUAGGAAGGAGUGAAGCAGGAGCAGUCUCUGCACUGAUGGUAAUGGUGUCAGCACAGCUGGUGCUGUUGAAAACUGUCCUGAAAUCUAGCAGGGUGGCAUAAAAAUAUUUGAAAUAAGAUAAAAUAAAGGGUGUGUGUGUCUUAGACCCAUGUAGGCUUGGAUUCCUUCAAAAACAGAGAAAAUCCAGCCUUUUUAAUGUGGUUUUGAAAGUACUUUGACAUACAUAAUUUAGCAGGUGAAGCUUUUCCUUGUGUAAAAGAAUAAUGUGAUGGGGGAAAAAAAACUUCACUUGCCUUAAAUUCUGUAUUUUCAGCAGGAGCAGUGCAAAAAGCGGCAUCCUAAUCUCAAAGUUUCCUCAUUUAAAUAGAUGGUUCUCAUGGUGUUAUGAUACAAUAAUACACGAUCUUCACUAGAUCAUAAGCUGAAGUAUUGGUGGGAACAAGCUACUUGCACUUCCUGUUGGAUUAAAUGUACAAAGUGAGUCCUUUCUUUGUCUGCAUUGUAUUUUCCUUCUUCACAGUUCAGAACCUUUGACCCAUGCAAACAACUGUGGUGCAGCCAUCCUGACAACCCCUACUUCUGUAAGACAAAGAAAGGACCUCCCUUAGAUGGAACUGAGUGUGCAUCAGGCAAGGUACCCAUGCUGUUGAAUCUGAUAUUGGACGGUUUCAUCCUUGGCAGAAGGCUGGUGUGUUCCACCCCUGCCCUAACCCUUUUGCACAAUGCAUGCGGGCACCCAGACCAUGCCUUGUUAUAGGAAUAUGUAGGGACUGUGUGUAUCUCUUUGGGCAGCAUUACGCAGGGACCUUUUAUUCAUCUAGAACAUUAAAAUGCUUUGUGUAUGUCCACACCUUUCCCCUAAAUUGGCAGUGGUUGAAAACAACAACCAAGCCUAAGAUGUCGGUAACAUUCUGCACCUUGGAGAAUAGCUUCUAAGAUUAGUGCAAAAGUACCAUAUACUUGAAGGGAUGUGAGUGGUGCUGUGGUCUAAACCACUGACCCUAGGGCUUGCUGAUCGGAAGGUCGGCGGUUAGAAUCCCCACGACGGGGUGAGUGCCCAUUGUUUGAUCCCAGCUCCUGCCAACCUAGCAGUUCGAAAGCAGGUCAAAGCGCAAGUAGAUAAAUAGGUACCACUCUGGCAGGAAGGUAAACGGCGUUUCCGUGCGCUGCUCUGUUUCGCCAGAAGCGGCUUAGUCAUGCUGGCCACAUGACCCGGAAGCUGUACGCCGGCUCCCUCGGCCAGUAAAGCGAGAUGAGCGCUGCAACCCCAGAGUCGUUCGCGACUGGACUUAACUGUCAGGGGUCCUUUACCUUUACCUUUUUACCAUGGACUUAUAGAAAAAGGUGAAUGGAGGCAUUGAUCAGGAAUCUUUCACCUCUCCAUCCUCCACCUUGAAAACCAUUAUGUUUGUACCUACAUGCCACUCAUUUACUCCCAUGUUAACUUAGCAGAAAAGUACUUCACUUCUGUUAUGCUGAUGUGGUUGUUUCCAUGCAGACUGUGUUGCCGCUCUUUCUGUCAUCUUUCCUCCCGAGAAAAAGACAGCCCAGACACAAGACUUGUGUCAGGAGCUAGCUCCUGGAAGCACCAGCAACUGUUGUUGCUGGUUUAUUUACAGGCUAAAUUCUUGGUGCUGCCAAAGCCCUAUUAUGACCAGCUUAGAAAUAAUCUAGAGCAAUGUUGUGCACUCCAGAUAUUGCUGGACUACCGUUCCCAUAAUCCCAGACUAUUGGCCAUACUGGCUGUGGCUGAUGAGAGUUGCAGCCUCACAGUAUCUGGAGGGCACCAUGUUGGUUACUGCUGUCUCAGGGAAUACCCCACCCUCUGCAACACAGAGACUAGUUGAGAUCUCUAAAAGAGAUAAUGCUCUUGAGUCCACCAACAUUGGGCAUUAAGUUAAAUGCCACCAGAAAGCAAUCUUUUAACAGUGAUGGCUCUUGGAUCAUGAAACUCCCUCCCCAGGUGAGCCCACCCGGACACGUCCCAUUGCAGUCAUUUGACACCUAGUGCGAAGAAGCAUUUGUUCUGCCUGCCCAUAUGUUUCUAAAUUUGGUUCUGUUAUCUUCCAGUGCUGUCAACUGCUGGCUUUAAAAAUCAAGCUAUUUUAUAAGUUUCAUGAUUCUUGCUUUAAUUCUGAUGUAAGCUGCUUUGAGCAUCUUUUGGUGGAAAAGCAAACUCCUAAAUUUAAAUAAAGAAUAAAUGCAUACGUCUAAGAGUACUGGAACUUGGUCCAGCGCCGACUGUUACUUAGGUCUGCAUUGCUCCACUUGGUAACUUGUGUUUGCCAAGGCUAUGCUGGCCUUACUCUGGUGGUCUCCACAGCAGAGUACAAUGGUUAGCUGUGCAUCCUUAAAUACUCAGAGCCGCACAUCAGGAAAUCCUCACUACCAGCAGCGCUCUGGUGUAUGCCCACUGCAUUUUUAGCAACAAGCAUUGGGUGUUUGCGCUUUGUGUUCAAGUGCAGUCAUGGAAAACAGGAGGUUCGUUCCACCCCUUCCCAUUCCGGUCUUUUGAGCUGUUCCAGUGUAAAUACUGCGAAGUUCUGAUGAGGAAAAAUCAAGGGCAAGGACAGGAACGCCGACCUCAGUGUGGUUUCAAGUUUGCAAUCUGUGCCAGGAGAUUAGCUUGGUACUGCAGAGGUGACAGGCUUUUUUUCGUGAAUACACUGUGCCACCCAGGCCCCCUGAGACCUUUCUUUAUUACUUUAAGGUUUCGUGACUUCACAGCCGUCACUGUCCGCCUGACCAAUGAGAGUGGGAGAAACAGAUUCCGAACCCUAUUGUAAAGCCGGGUGCUUCCGUGGCUGUAGAACUGAUCUCCUCACUAACACUGGACAGUAAUGAAGAGGCAGGUGUUCAGGUAACCCCUGUUUCUUCUCCUGUUCCAGUGGUGUUUCAAGGGUCACUGCAUCUGGAAGACUUCAGAACAACCGUACAGCCAGGAUGGCAGCUGGAGUUCCUGGUCCAAAUUUGGUUCCUGCUCCAGGACUUGUGGGGGUGGGGUGCGCUCCCGCAGCAGGAACUGCAACAACCCACCGUAAGUUUGGCCCUUCCACUAGGAGCGUCGUUUGGGGAAAUUGCAUCUGGCAGGGGACAGAAGGGGCCUCUCUUCCUUCUAAUGCAUCUGGGUCACCGAAAAACAAAAAAGGCAGGAGGAGAGUUUGUGGGAAAUCGUAGGGCAAGGAACAGUAGAACAAGUCAUAAAUGAAUUCCAAGAAAAUAAAGCAUAAAUUCAUCUAGUAACAACUGAAACAUGUGCUCUGUAUCCUUGAUACAGUUGCUGGGUUUACCAUUUUAUGCCACAGAUAUGAGCUAUCUCAUAUGCAUGUUUCUAUAUUUAAAACUAAAUGCAUUGUUAGUUGGACUGAGAUUCUGGCAGUUUUCAGGGACUGCACUCUGUUUUACCAAUCAUCAUCAUCAUCAUCAUCAUCAUCUAUUAUUUAUACCCUGCCCAUCUGGCUGGGUUUCCCCAGCCACUUUGGGCGGCUCCCAACAGAAUAUUAAAAAUAGAAUCAGACAUUAAAAACUUCCCUAAACAGGACUGCCUUCCAAUGUCUUCUAAAAGUCUGAUAGUUGUUUAUUUCCUUGACAUCUGAUGGGAGGGUGUUCCACAGGGCGGUCGCCGCCACCGAGAAGGCCCUUCCUGGUUCCCUGCAACCUCACUUCUCAUAGCAAGGGAACUGCCAGAAGGCCCUCAGCUCAGGACCUCAGUGUCUGGGCUGAACAAUGUGGGUGGAGAUGCUCCCUUGGGUUUGCCUGAGCUUCUGAUGCAAAAAUUUUGGGGCAAAGAAAAGAAAGCGCUAAGAUUAGAAAGCAUGGAAGUGAAUGCGAUUUCUCUUUAAGUUUUUUUUGGGGGUGACAUGAAUACAAGGCUCCCUAAACAGCAGCUUGCUUGUUUUCCAGCCCGGCCUACGGAGGGCGCCAUUGCCCAGGUGCCACGUACGAGUACCAAGUCUGCAAUACAGAAGAGUGCCGUGGUCCCUAUGAGGAUUUCCGUGCCCAGCAGUGCUCCAAGAGGAACUCUUAUUACACCCACCAGAACUCCAAGCACACUUGGCUUCCCUAUGAACACCAUGAUGGUAAGGCAUUGAGACACUGCUGAUCCACCCUGAAUCGAGAGUUUACCGAACUGGUCUGACUUCAUACGCUAGGAGAGAGAUCGACUCACUCUUAUCAUCACUGUUGUUUCCACACUAGCUGAAUAUUUUAGAUGUGAUUCAUGUGCAGGUGCCUCCGCUUUAUGUGCUCCCUAUCCUCCCAAAUGGCUGAAAGGAGCAGUUUGAAAGCUUCUGCUUUUAGUUGGCUACAGUUUACCAUGUCAUUUGAACCUGGAACUGUGGUUAUUGCAAACUACGGUUAGCUUCAGCAAGCCAGCUUCAGGAACCACAGCUUGAUGUUGCCUCCUGCCCUCCCCCCCAAUUUUCAUAGUCAAGUUUUUAUUAAACUUCAGAAUCUUAACAUAUAUAAUCCAGAUUUCAAAUUUGUUAUACGUUUCUCUUUAAAUUUUGGCUUCCUGCCUUUCCCUCCAUGCUGUUCUUAAUCCCAUCCCAUUUAUAUACUGCAUUCUAGUAAACAUUUCACCUAAGACAUUUUCUUCUAUUUCAUAUAUUAUCAAUCUUCUCAUAUUUCUCAUAUUUCAAAUCCUGUUUGCGAUUUCACCUGAUUAUAAUAUCCUUUCAGCUGUUCCAAAAAGGGCUUCCAUUCUUCCGUGAAUAGUCUGUCACUUUGGUUUCUUAUUUUUGCUGUUAGUUUCACCAACUCCACAGUUUGAUGUUGGCUUUUGAAGUUAACCAUAGUUGGGCUUGUUCACCGCCAUCGGGCAAUGCAGCGCAUUUCAUGGUUAAGGGGAAAUCAAGGCAAAAGCUUUUGGAUUCUUCCUCUUGGCCAGGAGGCAAUGGGCAGCAUGUGGACCCAAGGCUUGUUCUUGCUUGGGCAUGCUAUGCUAAACAAUGAUUCAGCGUGAGGUACUCUUUAAGCUGUCCCUUCUCCUGCUAACCUAGCAGUUCGAAAGCAUGUCAAAGUGCAAGUAGAUAAAUAGGUACCGCUCUGUCGGGAAGGUGAACAGCGUUUCCGUGUGCUGCUCUGGUUCGCCAGAAGUAGCUUAGUCAUACUGGUCACAUGACCCGGAAGCUGUACGCCGGUUCCCUUGGCCAAUAAAGCGAGAUGAGCGCUUCAACCCCAGAGUCGUCCGUGACUGGACCUAAUGGUCAGGGGUCCCUUUACCUUUUUACUCUUUAAGCCAGAGCUAAGGUCCUCCUAUAAGUGUAUCAAGAAAAGUCUUAAGUGGGGGCAUUUUUUAAAAUCUGUUUCAAAAUGGAGGAUAUGACAUGUACCCCAAACCUGCUAAGCUCUUUCACAGGCUAAAAUAUGGUACACAUGUGUUCUGUGACCUCCUGAUUUAGAUGCCCUACGGGAAAACCUUUAGGAUAGGGAUGUUUGACCAGUACAGAGCAAGAAAGUUCACAUAUGGUACUACAGAAUGUUGGGCUUCAAGGGGCACUUGAAUCCCAUUUGGAUGGGUGGAAAAAACGCUUUCCAGGAGCAGAAGGCAAGGUGGACUUCAACUCAAGAGUAGUUAAUGUGGUGCUAUCCAGAUGGUGUUGAACUCCAGCUCACACCACCCCUUCCAGCAGUUUUUUUUUUGGGGGGGGGGCUCACCAUUGACAGUGGUGGCAGCAGAUUUUAUCCCCCUCCACUCCCUGAAGCAAAGGGUGUUGUGUGUGUUUUGCCACUGUUGCAAGUGACAACGGCAGCAACUGCGUGUGUAGCCUGGGUGCCAUUUUGCAUCCUCCACAAGGUCUGCACCCAGCCUCAUUCUGGUGCAUUAUGUGGGGGAAAUGGUGGAGAAUAUCUAGAGAAAAGUUCUGCAAAUCCUCCAUUUUCUAGGAGGGUAAGGAAAAUAAAAAAUAAAUCUCUUCUGAGAACAUUGGAUCAUCCCUCCAAAUAUUGUUGUUUCACGUUUGUCUGAAAUCCACACACAUAGUACCAAAUGCCUCUGUGUGUUUGUUUUACUGCAGAUGCCCAGAAGUGUGAGCUGAUUUGCCAGUCUGAGGAAACUGGAGACGUGGUAUUCAUGAAUCAAGUUGUUCAUGAUGGCACAAGGUGCAGCUAUAGAGACCCAUACAGUGUCUGUGUGAGGGGAGAGUGUGUGGUACGUAAUUGAACUUGCUGGUUCAUCUGUUUUCCUAUACGUUUUGUGUCAAAAGGAAGAGCAGAGGACAGCUAUUUAUUGUUGGUUGAACUUUCACAGAUUUUGGUAGAUUUUUCUGGAAUGGGAUUGAACAGGGCUUUGCCAGAUGUCCUGUAGUUUUCAUAUUUGUUUCCAAAGUAGCACAUUUAGUGCACCAAAGCAAACUGUCCCCCACAAAUACCCACCUUACAGCAAUUUCAGCAUCCUUUCAAUUCUCCAGCUUCUAGGUGCCAUUUUCCUUCUCCUUUGCCCAUGUAAUCCUGAGAUUCAUUUACCAACGCAGCUUUGAAUCUCAUCACUUGAGUUGACGCACGUGAUUUUGUCUUGAGUGUCCGUAACGGCAUUGACAAAUCACAUGGGCAGUCAUAACCCAUAGGAUAGUUUUAUAACCAGAAUCAUACAUAAAUGAGACUGGGGACUUUGUGAGGUUGAGAAUAAUGGAAAAGGGGGCAACAAGGAAAGCAUCAGAACAAGGCAAAUGUGUUUGUGACAAGUGCAGAAAACUCUCCAAAAGUGAUAGGGUUUUUUUUUUUUUUUGAUGCUCACAAAAUAGGAAACAUGAGUAAUUUCAGCUCAGUCUUAGUUUAAAAUUCCUUUCAUGUUGCCAUUUUUGUUUGAAGAGAUAUUAACAAGUCUUUGUUGUUUGGGUCUUUAGCCAAAUUUCCUCACUGUUAUUUGGGUUGCAUGGAAGGGAAUAUCCCCACCCUGGGUGUGUAUUUGAAUUUUGCACACACCCUUUUAUAAUGCAUUCAUUUAGAGAGUAGUCCAGUGGAUGUGUAGGGAGUUUGCUUCUAAGUACACAGGCAUAGGAUCUCAUCCAUCCUUCUUUAUUCCUACAGCCUUGCAAAGCAGGCCUAUGCCUUGCCAUUUUGCAGACGGGGAAACAAUCCACGAGAGAUUGUACUUGCUUGCGGCCACCCAGCAAGUUCCUAACUGAGCAAGUGGCUUGAACUUUGCUCCCACAAACCCAGAACUCCUCACCAGACGACCGCACUGGCUUUUUGUGUGUUGCUGCUAUUCAUUCGCACCACACACAGGGCUGUAAUUGUGGUGAUUGCAAUAAAUCCUCUGGCUUACUAUUUCAGUAUUUAUAGCACGCUGUUCAGUCGCCGAAGCUGAGCUUGCUAGAUAUAGAAUAAAACACUGGACAAUGCUGAUUGCUUCCAGGAUAAUAGGAAGAUUUUGGUUGAGUGUGGUGUUGCAAGAUCCAAAGCAAUUUGAAUACCAUUACACCCACACACCCGCACCAAAGAUUUUCUAAAAACACUUGGGGUCAUAACUUUGUUUUAAUGAUCCUGGAGAUACAUAGACUCUAUCUAUCUAAUCUGAAGCAAAACUCUAUCUGUGUAUGUAUUUUCUCUGUGUUUGUGUUUUUCUUCUUCUUAUGACAGCACGUUGGGUGCGACAAAGAAAUCGGCUCCCUCAAACAGGACGACAAGUGUGGUGUUUGUGGGGGUGACAAUUCCCACUGCCGGACGGUGAAGGGGACUUUGGUCAAAUCCCCAAAGCAGGCAGGUGAGAGUACGAAGACAAACUUCUCUUUUUAAAUUUUCCUUACAAGCUAUAUAGGCUGCCAGAAUUAGCAGCAGCCCUUUCCCCGCCUCUAUUAUUGGAGGGGAAAACUAUUUAUAUUGGAGUUAAUGUGAGCUGUAUCUAGUGUGAUAAACACUGGUGAUGGAGUGUUAUCUGUAUGACGACAUGCAGAGUGUGCACCAAUGAACACGAUCAGCAGGGAAUUUCUGGAUGUUGCCUUCCCAGUAGCCAUAGUCUCUGAGUGACUGAGGAUAUGAACUCAUCCGAGGGAUUCCAUCCAUUUGUAUAUAUUGACCAGGCAAUGCGCAGAACAUCCUGUUUGUUCUCUAAUUUUGUGUAUAUUCUCCAAUGUCAUUUGAAAGCUACAUGGGUUGAAAUUUCCUGUUUAUGCUCUCCAUCUGGGCAUAUUCUGGUGUGUGCGCGUUUCUUAUACACAAGUACAAAUUUCCUUAUUCAAAAAAAUGAUAUAAUUGGCUUCCUGUACUCAAGAUCCGCAGAACUGGAUUGGAUUACUCAGUCCAUGGGGGACAUCUCCAUUCACUUUCAAUGUGGUUUUGUGCCGGAGGUGUCCCUAGGGUGUCAAACACAUACUUAAAUAAACAUAGCUGUAGCAAAAGUCAAAAGAGAAAAAUACUUGUGUGUGUUUUUCAAAGCCUGUUAUUUCCUGCAGCUUCAGAGAGUCUAAAAGCGAAUGUUUUGUGGAACUUAUCUCUGACUGUAGCUCUACCCAUUUUAAGAAUGGUUUCUUUUCUUCACGAUUUUCAGUGGGUGCUUUGAAAAUGUUUGAGAUUCCAGCCGGCGCCAGGCAUGUGCAGAUUGAAGAGAUGGAGCCAGCAACCCAUACAAUUGGUAAGAACCGAAAAUGGGUUUAGGUAGACAGGGUCGAUUUUGCCUGACACUCUUUAUACAAAGGUCUUUUUAACAGUUUAGUUCUCAAGAAGAGCUUGUUAAAGACAUUUGCAGGGUUCAGUCCCGUCAGCAUUAAAGCUCAUCUGAACGGGAGGAAACAAACUAAAGAUGUUUAACUCUCUCAAUGAAAUAAGUUGGAUUUUAAAUUUUGGCUGGAUCUCACUACCCCCCAUCCCCAUCCCCAGCGAGCUAACUUUGGGUAUUAGGCAACACAUUGCUAACACCACAUGUCAGAUGCACAUUAGUAUUUAUAAAGUUGUUUUUCCUCUUUCUCGUCCUGUGCCAGCUUCAUUAAUCAUUAUAUAUGUGUGUUUGUGUGUGUGUGUGUGUGUGUGUGUGUGUGUGUGUGUUGUAAAUAAGCAUCACAGGCUUGGUUUGUGUGUUUGUAUAUGUUGCGUACUCUGAGAAAAGGACUACGUGGGAGUAUCUCCUAACAAACAAUUCUUCACCGAACUCAAAAUAUUGAGGUGCAAAACUUUACAAAGUAAGCCUAUUCUAGAUCAAUUGACAUAAUACCCACCAUAAGAUAUAAGCGUUUUGAAGGGCUGUUCCACAAAUUACUGCACGUGAUAAGUGCUUAAUCUGGAGUAAACGGCAGGCUAGUCCAUACCCUGGUCUGAAACUAAACUAAAACAGAUUCCCUCAUAUUUAUCUUCGUUUCUCUUGUCCUUCACCUUUCUUCCCUGUUUCAUUAUACAACUAUUAAGCCCCUUAUUAGCCCAUCUGAACCUGACAGCUUUUCUAACACUUUGCAGCAUCACAGUAGACAUUUUAAAUUGCAUUCCACCAAUGUGCUUAGUAACGUGAUAUCAAACCUUUAUUAUUAUUAUUAUUAUUAUUAUUAUUAUUAUUAUUAUGAUGCAAGGAAGUGUGGGUGGCAGGAAUUGAUCAAUUGGUAGAUAAUGUGAAGCAGUGGUUUCCCUCCCUCUUGUGCGUCUGUCUGCAGCUCACGUCCUGCUGUCUGUAAAAUCUGUGAGACUUCUGGUGGAAUUGGCUGUGAUCCUUUAUUGCUGCUCACACAAUGCUCCUCUAUGCGCUGUACAAACUUGGAGAGGUCCAGACUAGAAGCCAAAUCUCUCGUGCUCAUAGGGGGAGAGGAAGGGGAAGAGAGAGUGUAUUUCCCCCCCUUUCUGUUUACAAGCUCUGUUAAUUCAGAGGACGACUUGGAAUGCCAGGCAUGAUUUAAGUGUGCCAGCUGAUUACAAACCAGCCAAGCAAAAUGAAAAUGAACAAUAAAGAAGAUGGAGGGGAGAUAGAUUGGGGUUUUAUUUUCUACCUUUGCCCAAGAAGAGAGGCAAAUGUAUUGCAGAAGGUCUAGCUUUAAAGUGUACUGUUUUUACAUUGCAGCAAAAUGCCCGUCAUACUGAUAGACGAGGAAGUGUGCAGAAGGAGAGUCGUUAUAUUGCAAGAGGUUUUGGCUUGUGUGUGGGUGUUUUGCAUGUCUGUAUGUAUGCAUAUGUGUGCAGCAGCAGGUUUUGCUUUCAUUGUGUCAGUAUCCCAAGCACAGCACCCCUCCUCCCUCCAUAGGAGCAAAUGGGAGAGUCGUAGAAUCAUAGACCUGUAGAGCUGGAGGGGACACCACUGGAAUGGGAACAAAGCUUGGUUCAUGAUUACCCCAGUUGCCUCCCUUUCUCUGCACCCUGGGGCUUGUUUCUUGGUGCAGGACGGAGUCUUGGAAGACUUUUCAGCCCCUAGGCACUCAGCGUGAUUUAGCAAAUGGAUCCAAUUUUAAAAGUUAUCUUAAACCAUCUCAAAAAACGUCAUCCGUGCCAAAUUAUUUUACUGAUUAGUGAAUUGUAUAGCCUGCUUUUCUCCAAAUGGUUCCAUAACAUAAUUAAAACACAAUAUAGUAAAAACGUAAACAUAAAUCAAGUAUGCACACUACAGGGGAACUUCAUCCCCUUGGGAAGGGGCGAAGUGUCAUGCUUCUUGCCCUGGAACAGAAAGAGAACCUACCCAGCUGACACUAACACAAAAAACCCCAUACAUACAAGAAAAGAAAAGCCUUGAACACUCUUGAUUGCCUAAUGCCCAAAUUCUGCUGCAUGUAAGAGGACGUUGAUGAGCGGAGAUGACCCUGAGCACUACUUUCCCCCACAGCUGUUAAGAACCAAGCCUCUGGCAACAUCAUCCUUAAUCCCAAGGGCAAAGAUGCCAAGAGCAGCACUUUCCUGGAGAUGGGCUUGGAAUGGGAGUACGCCAUUGAGAACGGCAAGGAAAGCUUGAAAACCAGCGGGCCCCUGCAUGAAGCCAUCAGCGUCCUGGUGAGUCCUGGAGAGAGCUAGAUGCAUGCAUAUGUAUGCUCAACAACACAUGUGCAGUCUCUCCCCCCCUUUUCCUUUUGCCCUUUAAGCCUUUUGCUUAACUGCACCAGACAAAACUAUUUCAAUGCAUAAACUAAUUGAAGAGCACUUCACACAACCAGUGUUGUUUGUAGAAUCCAUGGAAAGAAUAGGAAAGUUGGCAUUUUCCUCUUUUGCACAUGAGAAUGAGAGAGAGAGGCUAGGUUCAGGUUGAAACACAGCUGUCCUUUCCCCCUUCGCUUUCCAUUCACUGGGCCACACCUGUGCCUUUUAAAAAUUUCUGCUGGAGUUUCAGAGGGGAAAAAUAGCCCUAUUAUAUUUCCCCUUAUGAAAUUUAGCAUCUUAUAAAAGACUUCAGUUUGGCUUUAGCCCUUGGGAGCCUGGAUCUGGUGGGCUCAGCAGAAAACUGAAGAACUGUACGCACAACUAUACAUUUGUGAAGACUUGUGUAACAAGUGGAGAGGGCUUUUCAUCUCACAUUGCUCUUUCUUCCCUUUCCCUGCAUCCUAGGUCAUCCCGCAAGAAGACGAAUCCAAGAGUAGCUUGAUGUACAAGUACAUAAUCCACAAAGAUCUCCUUCCUGUCAUCGGAAACAACAAUGUCCUCCUGGAAGAAAUGGACACCUAUGAGUGGGCCCUUAAAAGCUGGUCUCAGUGUUCCAAAGCUUGUGGAGGAGGUAUUUUCCCUGCCCUGCAUUUCUUGGUUCAAGUGUCUUGGAGGCACUUCCAGUGUAUGGAAUGUUCCUUGCUUGCAGAGGUCUGGUUCAUGUAUGAAUGUCUAUCCCAGGACUGCAUGCAUGAACCGAUUCUUGAAAAACAGCGUUUUUGAGGUGUUCAUUCUAUAGUACUUCAUUCAUCACUUUUGAUUUUGCAGCCAGUCUUUCAAAUAAUGAACCUGCAUGUGUGAAACUAGCUGUUAGCUGCUGUGUUUGGAAACCUUGGGGGAAAUAAGAGUGCCUUCUUUGUCGCAAGAUUUCGACAGGUUUCAAUUAGGUAUUUAUUUCAACUGCUUAGUGUUAAACACGAAUUCUUUAAAAAUGAAUGUCUACGAGAGUGGACAUUCUGGUUCCAGUCUAGGAAUGGCAUGUUGAGUAUCACUUCAGGCAAAGCCCAAAUCAGUCCGCUUUAAAAGGAGCAAUAUUUUUUGCACACUGUUACUGGCACUGCAGGGAAAAUCAGGACAUCCCCUGGUGCACAUUUAAGUGCUCCCACUUCCUAAAUCUUGGCAUCAGUCAUAUACUGGGAUUGCGCCCUAUAGUUUCUUGAUGUUACCAAAGGAAAACCCUUGGCAAUAUUAAUAUUCUUGCGUUUGUGAGGCAAGUAAGCUGCUUUUAAGAGAGCUUGAAUUCAAACUUUAGAUGGGGGGUCACAGUUCUUCUCAGUGCCCCUUUUGAAAGGAAGUGAAAUAAUAAAUAUUGAGCAGAUCAACACAAGCUUCUGUUCAUAGCAUUUAAAUACACAAAGCAGGUUUUGAAAAGCCAGGUCAGAACUUGCUGGCUCAAGACUGCCCUGCUAACAUUGGAGAGGCAUAAACUGCAUUUCCAGGGAUAUGUUCUGGGAGCAGCUGAUGGCAUCCACCCUACACACCCCAAGUGGUGUUGGUGACUAGGGUUUGAUAUCUGUGUUGUUCUUUACUGGGAAGGUGAGUAGCACAUCAAAGCAGCUGCCUUGGUCCUCCCCUAUCUAUGUUUGUCUCAGCAGAUAGUACACCAGAAAUAUUGCCCCACCCAUGCCCACCCACUCACAGCAGUCCCCCAUGUGUGGAGCUGUUGGAUUCUGACCUUGUUCAGUUGUGCUUGAGUCCAGGGUGAGGGAUCAGCUCCGCACCUUACAAGGAGGGAUUGCGCUAGGAAAACUGGCUAGGCUAGAAAUUCCCUGCACAAGGCGAGGGUUGCAGCCUGCAUCUGUCCAAACGAAUGGAAAUACUUGAGAGAAGGUACUCCGAUCUGUAGACCCUUGUAUCAUAGACAGGGUGUUUUAUAAGUAAUCACUGUGCUGCCUUGGGGUUGCCAAGCAAUCACAGUAGGCUGUCUUUUGUGGGCCGUCCUACGAAGUGAAAGCCAAGCCUGAAAGACCGAAGCUCCCGAUUACACCAAGACCCAUCGUCCGUUUUGUACUGUGUUUGUGAUGCAGAGUGCUUCCUGCACCUUUGCUUCCUCAGAGCAGUAAGGAGCUAAUGGUGGCAGCAGCUGUGUAGUAUCCAUUCAUUCAUUCAUUCAUUCAUUCAUGUGAUUCAAAGAUGUGAAUGGGAAGCAGAAGUCAUACACACAAAUACUGUAGUAUAUUGAAGUCCGUUUUUCAAUGGGCACGUUUUCUGUAUGGCUGUGCUAUCUGUGUAAUAUGGCUGUUCAGUGAAGUGCCCUACUAUGCAAAUGAGCAUGGUGUGAAAGCAGAAACAAAAAUGGGGAGGGGAAGGGGGAGGAUUUCAGCUGCCUCAAUGAGCCUGUGUUAGCCAGAGACAGAGGUGGGAAAAGAAAGAAGUGAUUUUUAUCAGGUGGCAUACAUCCAAAAGUAGUUUCUUAUGCUGCAUGGAAGUUGCCUAUCUGUCCCUGCUGGGCACUGUGACACCAGGAUUCACUUGCACUAUUUUUUAACGUAUUUGUUGCAUCAUGACACUUUUUCUUUUCUUUUUUAAAUGAUAUUUAUUAAAAUUUCAGAGAAAAAAAAGAAUUACACAAAAACAAAAAGUAAAAAUACAAGAAAAAUACAAAAUACAAACUACAGAAUAAAAGAAUAAAAGACACUUAAAAAGAAAAGAAAAAAAAGAAUAAUAGAUCAAUCUUUCCAUAGCUUACAUUCAUAUCCUUGUUUCCUUGACCUCCUCAUACCUCCCUUUUUUGUAUUCCAGUUCAAUUAGUUAAGUCAGCAAUUUCUUUCCCUCUUUGUUUUCUCAUGAUCCUUUAACUUAAUAUACUAUAACUUUAAAUUUUCAUCUGUUAUCAAUCCUUUUUUACAUACACCUUUAUAGCAUUACUGCUUAAACCACCUAGCUUCAUUCCAACAUCAUUCUAACAUUCAUUAAUUUUGCAAUAUUUCUGUAAAUAGUCUUUAAAUUUCUUCCAAUCUUCUUCCGACUCUUCUCCCUGGUCUCGGAUUCUGCCAGUCAUUUCCGCCAAUUCCAUGUAGUCCAUCACCUUCAUCUGCCAUUCUUCCAGAGUGGGUAGGUCUUGUGUCUUCCAAUACUUUGCAAUAAGUAUUCUUGCUGCUGUUGUGGCAUACAUAAAGAAAGUUCUGUCCUUCUUUGCCACCAUUUGGCCGACCUUGCCCAGGAGAAAGGCCUCUGGUUUCUUCAGAAAGGUAUAUUUAAAUACCCUUUUCAUUUCAUUAUAAAUCAUCUCCCAGAAAGCCUUAAUCCUUGGGCACGUCCACCAAAGGUGAAAGAAUGUACCUUCGGUUUCUUUACAUUUCCAACAUUUAUUAUCGGGCAAAUGAUAGAUUUUUGCAAGCUUGACUGGUGUCAUGUACCACCUGUAUAUCAUUUUCAUAAUAUUCUCUCUUAAGGCAUUACAUGCCGUAAACUUCAUACCUGUGGUCCAUAACUGUUCCCAGUCAGCCAUCAUUAUGUUAUGUCCAACGUCUUGUGCCCAUUUAAUCAUAGCAGAUUUCACCGUUUCAUCCUGAGUAUUCCAUUUCAACAGCAAGUUAUACAUUCUUGACAAAUUCUUAGUUUUGGGUUCUAACAGUUCUGUUUCCAAUUUUGAUUUUUCCACCUGGAAGCCAAUUUUUCUGUCCAAAUUAUAUGCCUCCAUUAUCUGAUAAUAAUGAAGCCAGUCUCGCACUUUGUUUUUUAAUUUCUCAAAACUCUGUAAUUUCAGUCUAUCUCCAUCUUGUUCCAAAAUUUCCCAAUAUUUUGGCCAUUUGGCCUCCAUAUUGAGCUUUUUCAGAGCUUUCGCUUCCAUCGGUGACAGCCAUCUUGGGGUUUUAUUUUCCAAUAAGUCCUUGUAUCUUAUCCAAACAUUAAACAAUGCUUUCCUGACAAUAUGGUUUUUAAAUGCUUUAUGUGCUUUGACCUUAUCAUACCACAGAUAUGCAUGCCAUCCAAAUACAUUGUUAAAACCUUCUAGAUCCAAAAUGUCAGUGUUUUCAAGAAGCAGCCAUUCUUUCAACCAGCAAAAGGCUGCUGAUUCAUAGUAAAGUUUAAAGUCUGGCAGGGCAAAUCCACCUCUUUCCUUUGCAUCUGUUAAUAUUUUAAUUUUUUUCCCCUUCUUUUUCAGUGUCUUUACAUAGGACUCCCAGGCUAUCUCCAUAUAUUGUCUGGACCUAUUUUCCACUUAGUUGACAAGAGUAGAGUACAUCAGGUGCCUUCAGACCAUUUCCUGGACCCCCCAAAAGCAUUAGUGCCUGUCAGGAGGAGGCCCACACAUCUGUGUGCCUUGAGCAACCUAGACUUGCUGGUUCCUUCAUAGCUGUAGUUUUGAUUCUGCUGUUUUGCAGGAAUACAGUAUACCAAGUAUGGUUGCCGGAGGAAGAGCGAUAACCGGAUGGUGCACCGGAACUUCUGCGAUAACGGGAAGAAACCAAAACCCAUCCGUAGGAGAUGCAACAUGCAGGAAUGCACUCAGCCUUUGUGAGUCUUUUUUUCAUUGUCUUAAAGGUCCAGGGGCCAAUUCACACAACCAUUUUUGAGGUGCAGAACUCACCUCAAUAUUACCACGGUAUCGUGGUCUUGUGAAAUAGCCGUAUGUAAUAAAAUCUCAAGUGAGUGAAAACCAUUGAGAUCGCUCUAUUUAACCAGAAUGCGGCAGCUAGACUGGUGACUGGGAGCGGCUGCAGAGACCAUAUAACACCGGUCCUGAAAAACCUACGUUGGCUCCCAGUACAUUUCCAAGCACAAUUCAAAGUGUUGGUGCUGACCUUUAAAGCCCUAAACGGCCUCAGUCCAGUAUACCUGAAGGAGUGUCUCCACCCCCAUUGUUCUGCCUGGACGCUGAGGUCCACCUCCAAGAGCCUUCUGGCGGUUCCCUUGCUGUGAGAAGUGAGGUUGCAGGGAACCAGGCCGACGGCCUUCUCAGUGGUGGCACCCGCCCAUAGCUGUCAACCUUCCCUUUUUUGGCGGGAAAUUCUCUUAUUUCAGUGCUGUUUCCUUCUGUUUCCCACUGCUAUCCCGGAUUGUUAGAUAUCUGUCUCCGGGACAGGUGAGGCUGCUGAUCCCUUAUUUUCAAAUCCGAAAUUUGACAGCUAUGCACCCGCCCUGUGAAACGCCCUCCCAUCAGAUGUCAAGGAAAUAAACAACUAUCUGAGUUUUAGAAGACAUCUGAAGGCAGCCCUGUUUAGGGAAGUUUUUAAUGUUUGAUUUUUUUGUUCUGUUUUUAAUCUGUUGGGAGCCGCCCAGAGUUGUUAGGGAAACCCAGCCGGAUGGGCGGGGUAUAAAUAAGAAAUAAUUAUUAAAUUGUUAUUAUUAUGAACAUUGAAACAAAAAAGCCACCACGUGGCUAUCACUGCAUAACAGUCAUGUGAAACCCACUCUGGUGCUCUUGCUUUUGACAGAUGCUUAUUCUGUGGUUAUUUGGCAAUGUUUUUUGGUUAAGGAUCAUACUAUUUUAGUGCGAGAACUUAAGAAGUUCCCUGCAAGAUCAGAGCAACUAUGUAGUUCAGCCUUUGAUUUUGAUCUGUGCAGAGCCAGACUCCCAUAAUCUGAAAUCUCAACAGCCUUCAUAUUUUCAACCUAGGUGGCCUAGUUCUCACUGAGAUGGUAAAUAUGCAUCUGGGCUAACUACCCUCAUCCCUUCCUAUAGAAAACUUACAUGUCAAGGUUGGACGCUAGGCUACAUUCCUCCCUACCCUUGAUAUCUUGGUUUUUUCUGCAAAGGGAAUUUGUUUUGUGAGCUUGUUCCUGCAGGCUGAAGUGGCCCAGCCCAGAUUUAUCCCGUUCAGUGGGAACCGAGCUGAGGAGUCUUUCUGUUAAGAGUGUCUGGUUUUGCUGUUCUCUUUUCAGCUGGGGGGCUGAGGAGUGGGGGGCCUGCAGCAAGUCCUGCGGCAAGCUGGGAGUCCAGGUCAGAGUGGUGCAGUGCACCCAGCACCUACACAAUGGCACAAACAGGACCGUGCACACAAAGUACUGCACAGGAGACAAGCCAGACGCACGCCGGCCCUGCAGUCGCGUCCCAUGUCCUGCCCAGUGGAGGACAGGUGCCUGGUCUCAGGUAAGGGGACUUGACUACUGUGCCACAGCCAGCAUUUCAGUGCCCUAAGCAAAGCAAGGAAAAUAUCGACCCUUUGCACUUCUGCAGUACAUCGCGGAGCACCUUGAUUUGACCAGCAGCCCUAUGAUGUGUCAGAGCAGCUGCCUAAUGCCAAGGCAGAACAGUUGUCCAUCUAGCUUGAUGUUGUCUGCACUGAUGAGCAGCUGCUCUCCAGGGUUUUGGACAGGAGUCUUUCUAGUUGUUCCUGGAUCCUUCUGCAUAGAGUGUUCUACCAGAAAGCCACUGCCCUACCUUAAUCCACAGUCUCAUAUUCCCUUCGCUCGGUGACAGUAAGCUUGGGAGCCAGGAUCCCCAAUGAUGAUACUUGUUGCUAGGAGUUAUUUUUUUAAAGAUACCAGUAGACACCUGUCCUUCCUUUGACCACAGCCCUCUCCUUAACAGAGCCUGUCUUACUGGGUUUGCUGUUAAGGAAGAGCCUAGCCAAAUAGCUCAGACUACAUGGCAAUAUUAUUUUUCUUAUUUGGGCUGGAUUUGAGAACCCUUAGCUGUGCCAGGAGGAUGCUUCUGAAAGAAAGAAAGAAAGAAAGAAAAGAAAAGCGAGCACAGAGCAGUGCCACUGGUAUUAUCGGGUGAGGAAAAACAUGGCUUGAGAAUGGUGUCAGAGCAAUGACAUUUGCUGCCUGCAAAUAAAUGAAUUGUGGUUAUGAUUCAGCUUUUUAGACACUUUUGAGCUGCCUGGGAGAUCUUGUCGGAAUCCUGAACAUCAUAGACCUUGCAGCUAUAGAGAAGUUCGAAAAUAUCUCUGGCAAAAACUGCUAAAGGAUGUAAUUACUGAAGUUGUCCCAUUCUUUUUAGUGCUUUUCUAAAUCUGUGUAUCAAGACACAAACUGGCGUUGUUUUGAGGGGGUCCUUUUCUUUCUUUCUUUCUUUCUUUCUUUCUUUGUUAUAACAGUUUGGGAGCAGCCAAGUUUGUGAAGAUAGAUGGAUUAAGCGAAGUGUUGUAGAAUGUAAAAUAUUGACAUUCUCUCUUGCCCUCAAGGUUGACUGCAGUCAAAAGAAUCAUUUUAUUUGUAUUUCUCAUCAGUCCUCAUCCAGAACCUCCGACGGCAGCUUUGAUAGUCAGCCACUUGUUGGAGGGGAGAGGACAUUAUGUGUUUGCGGUCAUCCCAAUGCGGUGACUGAAAUCGCAUUUGUUUUGGGUGUAUGAAUCCAGACAGAGGAACCACCUGCCCUGCCCCAGUGACACGUACUUCCUGCAGAUCCUCCUUGCUGGCUCAGCCCUUUUUUCAUUGUAGUGCAUUGGAAUAGCUCCAGCCCUUCGGUUCCCCUUAGCCUUCAUAGAUGUGUUUUUCUCCUUCUUCCUCCUCUUGUGGCAGUGCUCUGUCAGCUGCGGAGAAGGCAUCCAGCAGCGCCAGGUGGUCUGCAAGUCCAACGACAACCACCUCGGCCAGUGCGAGAGCGAGAAGCCAGAGACCAUCCAGGUUUGCAAAAUGGCAGCAUGCCCAGGUAAGAGAAGAGCUGCAGUUGCAGAAGGAAAGAAAGAAAGAAAAAAUGCAUGCAAAGUGAAUGAAAUAGAUGCAGCAUUAAAACACACACGCGCAAGCGAAACAUGGUGAUGCCCAUGGGUGUGUGGCAUCGUGCUUGUUUACACAUAGGGGUUGGGUCAUUUGGUUGUUGUUGUUGUUAUUUAUUGAAUUUCUAUACCAUCUUUCAUCCCAAGAUCACAGGGUGGUUUGCACCAUGUAUUACACAUAUGUGUAGAAUCCUAAGGAGCCAUGACAGCUAAUGACCCCCUCACUCAGGUACUCUGGCAUCCUGUUAGUCUCUAGAAUGCCAGAGUGCACUUUAUUUUCUUCGAACCAUUUGAAUCCAUUAUUAUAGGAAAGUGUCUGGUGUCCCACCUGCCCCGGAAAAACAAAGCAAAAACUUGACUCGCUGUUGUGAUCUAGAUACUUUAACCUGCCUUCCUUUUCCUUCCCCCAGGAAACCUACCAAGCGUCACAACAAACUCAGGCACCAUGGAUCAUGUGACUCCUAAGGUCCAAUGGGUGCCUCAGGAGAGCGCCAAAAAUCCUGUUACCAAGAUAUCAUCAAGUAAGUGCCCUUCUGCUUCUGAGUUCGGCAGUUUGGAUCAUCACCUGUUCCCCUCUCGAUUUCUUUAAAAAAAAUAAAAAACGCUGGAUACUGCUCAGAAAAGAUGGGCUUUGUAGAAUAUUACAACAGUUGUUGAGGCUUUGCCAGGUUGUACAGGUCAAGCAGCUGACUUCCUGUGACUUUAAUGGGUGGGAAGUUGGUGUAGGGGCGUAAUCCAAGGAAAAAGAAACCUUCCUUUGCCUGGAAUCCUUCUUGGGCAGCUGUUGUGUGCUUGAGAACGGGAAGCCGCCAUCUGGGAUCUCCCCUUACCCUUGGGGAAUUGAGAAGAAUGAAAACUUUAGAUGUUCUCUGUCUAGUUCUGCAAUUCUGAAGUCAGAGGCCAUCGGUGAGGAACCUCAGUCCUGGAGGCCAGAUGUCUCCCCACCACUGCCGCCAGGUCUCUCCUCCUAGCCUUUGGGACUUUCCCCAGGCUGUAAACCCUCCCUGGCCUUGUUCCACAACCUCUAGAGUAUUUUUGCCUUGCUGGAACGUAGCCUUGAAAUCCAAUGACUCUUGCUUGCCUGCAUUGGAUGGGUGAGUAUGUAGAAACUAGCCUAUGGCACAGAGGUAAAGAGUACCUUCAUUGGUCUACACACUCUGACCUCUGGCCUCACCCACCUCAGGCCCCUGGACAGCUGCCCAUUAGGGAAUGUGGCCUUUGGGCUCCAGAAAGGUUUUCCACCCCUGCCAUGGGCCAUUACAUGGAAGUCGAUGCAUCCCAAUUCAGAUUUCUGUUGUACUCUGUAGAUCAGGUCUACACAACUGGGGACCCACCAAGCUAAGUACAGCCCAUCUGCCAGGUUUCUGGACCAGCUCCAGCUGGAAGCAUAUUUACUGAGUUCUUGGUGGGCCACCAUGCCACAGUUUGGUUCUCACGUUGUGCAGGCCUGCUGUAACAUUACACAUGGUGAAACAUAAAUAAUUUGCAGAAAAGGUUAACUACAAGUGGAUCUGCUGCUGUUGUUGCCAGUGUGACUAUAUAGCCUAAGCUGAGAGCGCUUAUAAUUCUAAGCAAUCACUGGGAGGAAGAGGCCAACCUUAUUUAGCUUAGAGGCCCAGUAGAAUCUUCUGCACCUUAAAAUACACCAAAUAAAGUGGAAAGGCUUCCCUUUAUAUGGAUCCCUAGAUGCAUGAUCCCAGUUCAGAAUUAAUUUUGGAUUAAUGCUCAUUCGAGAGCCUUACAGUGCAAGCUCAACUCAGAAGCAGGUCCCAUUGAAUUUAUUGGGGCUUACUCACAGGUAAGUAAUUGCAGACACUUGAGAUCAUUGUUUGAAAAUGAAUCACUGCCCUCUAGCGUUCAUCUGCAGGUGUUUCUCGCUAGUGUUGACUCUCUGGGAUGUUUAUACAAAUUCCUGUGUAGGUGCUUCUGCCUGCCUGUCUGUCUGUCUGACUGUUUCUCUUUCAGCUGUCUGUACACUUGCAUCUCACUGACUUUUACGUUCCUCUCUUUGUCUUCUCCUCUUAGGCUCCCCUGCUGACAUUCUGCAGUUGCUGACAUAUCCAUAGGCCUAAUGGCGUUUGGGUACAUGCUUUUCUGCAACUUGAUUCCUGUAAAGAGUAAAUAAUACAGUGGUUGUCUCUAUAUAUGUAUCAUCUUGAAUCUUCAGACACACCCCACCACCUAUGGUUGUUUCUCCCCCCCCCCAGUCCCCUCCCCUCAGCACUGUUUCUCUUCAGAAAUAUGAUUUGAGUCUUGCAGUUCUUUAGUCUUUGUAUCAUAGGGGCUGGGAUUUUCCCAUAGAAGGAAAGGUAGUGUGACACACCCACAAUCCCAAAUUCUCUACUGGGGUCUGUGAUUCUUUCUCCUCCUUCUUUUUGUCUAUUCCUAUUUCUGUUUCUCUCUUUGCUUGAUGCCGCUUCUGGUAUCACUGCUAUGUAUUGUUUGUGUAACUGGUAUGGAGCAUUCCUUCUAUGGCACAGGGUCCAGAAGUUGAACUCCCAACCCCAACAAGACCCACCCAGCAUGGCCCAAACUUCAAGGAUGAUGGGAGCUGGAGCCCAGGCACAUCUGGGCAGCCACAGAUGCUGUUAUAUGGCGAGAAGAGUGCUGUAGCCUAGGUCGACAUGGCUUAACCACACACAUGAGCCUUUUGGGAUAAUAGUCUUAGACUGCAUUGUAGCACUGUUCCCUUGUGUCCGGUUGUCUGAAGUCACGGUCACUUUCACGCCAACUUUCCGUAAUUUCCCUUCAUUGCAGAGGAGCCGUGCCUUGGAGACAAGUCCAUAUUCUGCCAGAUGGAAGUCCUGGCUCGCUACUGCUCCAUCCCUGGCUAUAACAAGCUCUGCUGUGAAUCCUGCGGCAAAAAAGUCCCCACCAGCCAGCCUCCCGCCGUUGACCAAGGAGCUUCUGAGACUGGCACCCGCGGAGGCGCUGCCCUUCCCGGCCCUCUCCCACAACUGUCUCCCCAUCCCACUGCCACGAGCCAGCUGCGAAGGAUGAAGGGCACUUCUCCGAAAGAGACAGAGGCAUCCCGUGGCCUCCUGGCUACUCUUGCUGGCUCCACAGCCAUUGGCACCUGCCAGGUUAACGCUGCUUCACAGCCUCAGGGCAGCCCUGACAAUAGCACUUCGAAAGUGGGCACAUCAAUGCUACUACCUCCUCCUCUUCCUCCUCCUCCUCUUCGGCAGGCUCCAGCAGGGUGGGACCCUGAGGAGCAUCGGAGCAGCUCGCUGUCCCAAUGGCUCCCUGCCGCCUUGGACAAGCCUUCAGUUGUUUCGCAGAAAGGAGGUCCAUCUCCUCCUCAAGAUGGAGGAGGGUGGAGAAAAGACAGCGUGGGGCCCAAACAGUCAGCUGCCACUCUCAGGACCUCCUCCCCUGUUGUGACAUGA